AUGUCGGAGGUGGAGCGGAGCCCCAGAAGACAACCACGGCAAAUGCAGAAUUAGAAGGAGGGAGUUUCACCCUGGAGGGUCGCGCAGUCGGCGCGACACGUUGGGACUCUGCUGCUCUUUUGAUCAAUCUGUACAAACUGUGAGCACCUGGGGAGGGUUGGGGGGGGGAUGGGGGGUAGGGUGGGUUAUAGGUAACAGGAGCACUAGGUAGACGGCCAGGUGAAGGGCACGGGGGCUGGUAGGGAUAGGGGGACUUACCUUGCAGAGGAGUGGAGAGGGGGCCUGUCAGGGGGGCCUCGGGCGGGAUAAGAGGGGUACGGCCGGCAGACUGCGGGUGAGAGAAGAAAGCCUAGAAACCAUGCUCAGUGGGCGCAAUAACGGAAGGAAUAGAGAGAUAGGCUAGGAGAGGGUUGCAGCGACGGGGGAGUCCUGGAGGGAGGAGAGGUUAGAGUACAUUGUUUAGUGUUUGGGGGGGGGUAGGGGGGCAGCUUCAAACUAUAACCACAUGGGUAGGAUAUGCGGGGCACUCUUCUCAUCCCACCACACACACCAUAGGAGUAACGGAAUGGGAGGGUACGGGAUGGACAUCACACAGAGACAGAACCUAGGGGGUUGGGAGCACCAUCGGGAUUGAGGGGAACCGACCUAUGAGACAGGUAUGAGCAGAUCCCAAGACGGGGACACAUAGGGGGACACGGGAGUGCAUAGGGGUCUUCACAUUCACGAACAGACAGAAGGGGGGAAAACAGAUACGGGAAGGAAAGGAACAGAAUGUAAGAGGGGGAGGAAGAGGAGGGGGAGGGUGGGAAAAGUGGACUCACGGACUCUUGCAAAUGAACUUCUCUGCAUGGCAAAAGAAGAGUGAACUCUGGGGGGGGGAGUCAACUACGGGGUUAGCAGGAUGUUGGACUACGGGGGGGCUAGAGGGGGGGGAAGGGAGGGAUGGACGGGUCAUGUAGCCGACUGGCCGGGUACGGUAGAGGUCCCCCACGGGAAGACGGGAACAUCCCCCAAGACCCACUGGACUUGGCCCUAGUGCGCACGCAGGGAAAACAGGCCUUUCUGAAAAGAUCCUAGAAGAGGCACACAGUUUGAGACUGACGAAGCGCAGCAUAGAACUCCUGACAGCUUUAGGGUGACCUUCCUUGGAUUACCCGGCACCUAGGGUGCCGGUCUUGGACACGCAGCACUACAUACUGCAAUAGAUAGCGUUACCAAAUGUUCUCCAUACCAUAUAAACUCGUGCCAGGCACUUCCAGUAGGCACCUUACAGGGGGGAAGAGGCCGAUGGUAGCGGUACAUCUUUCCCCCCACACUCACACUCACAUUCUUCGAGACCCCAACUCGGGGCAGUUACACACCACAUAUCCCCACUAGGCCCUUCCGCCUCUGUGGCCUGGCAUUCCUCUGUUAAGCCCAGGCCUCUCCUUAUUCCCCACCCUUUUUUUUUCUUUCUUUCUCCCUAGCUCGCCUCUCCCUCCUUCUACCGACCCAGGCGGGUGGUAUUGGUUCAUCCCCCCCUCGCUUGCCGGCUGGUUUGCGUCAUGCCCCCGGGGGUCCAGGACAAUCCGAACAAUCGGGGACCUACUGCAGAGAGGGCCCCGCUUCGACUUAACUGUGUCUCAAUAAACUGUAAGGGUUUGAAUAACCCAGCUAAGCGGCAUCGGGUCCUUCGGUGGGCCAGCAGGACCGGGGCAGAUGUCGUCCUCCUCCAGGAGACUCAUUUUGAGCAAUCCAGGGCGUUCCCCUUACGCAAUCGACACUUCACAGAAUACCACUUAGCGAACUCGCCUUUGGGCAAGCAAAAUGGGGUUGCUGUUCUAAUCCGUGGGUCAUGCCCCAUUCACUUGACGAACACAGUUGCAGACCCCCUUGGGAGAUAUCUGACAGUAGCGGGUCACCUGGGCUCACAUAAAUACGCCAUCACGUCGGUUUAUGCCCCCACGACCCCAUCAACUCAGUUCUGGGAAACCCUACAGGCUCACCUGAACCUCUUCCCAUCUCACCACAUUAUCCUGGGUGGGGACUUUAAUGCGGUCUCGGCCCCAGAUCAAGACAGGAAGAAACAAGCCCAGAGGGACUCUCUCCACCCACCGGUGGCGAAAUCAGAUAAACUCCUGCAGUCCUUCCUGGCGAGAUCGGGGUUGGUAGACGUCUGGCGACUGCAACACCCCCUCACAGUAGAUUUCACUUUUUUUUCUCACCCCCACAACUCGUACUCACGAAUAGAUAUGUUCCUGACAUCCCCGUCCCUAAUCCCGCUGGUACACAAAACCUCCAUCGGGCAGAUCACAUGGUCGGAUCAUGCAGAUAUCACCCUUUCGGUCCAACUUCCCCAGGCGAGCAGACAGUGGCACUGGAGGUUAAACCCCACACUCCUCCAUGUUCCCCACAUACAAGAUAGUGUCCGGCAAUCCAUACAGUCUUUCUUCGCCACCAAUAAAGGGUCGGUAGACUCGGAUGGCACGUUGUGGGCGGCCCAUAAGGCGGUAAUCCGAGGCACGCUAAUUGCGGAGGGGACAGCACACAAAAAACGGAAGCUGACGCAGUUGUCAUUUCACCUUUCCGAGCUUAGACGCUUAGAACACUUACAUAAACUUACUCCCACCCCGGACCUCACUACUCAGCUCCAGACCCAUAGACAAGCCAUACAAGCAUUCAUGGCCCGGGACUCAAAGAAAGCGCUCCUAUGGACCAAACAAUUGUUCUAUGAGAAAUCCAAUAAAGCGGAUUCUCUGUUGGCGCACUGUCUGCGGCGUAAAUCGUUACGCAAACGUAUAGCCUCGAUUAGGGCCCCGGACGGACACCAACAUGACGACCCAACUCAGAUAGCGGAGAUAUUCAAUCGGUUUUAUGCUCACCUCUAUGACCAUAGCCCUAGGACUGGACAGGACCCCCAUGCCUCUGAACUAACCGCGGCACGCUUUUUGAGUGAUAUACCCCUCCCACAGCUCACGGCUACUGCCAGAGAGGCGCUUGACGCCCCCGUUUCCAUAGAGGAGAUAGCAGAGACGCUUAAGUCCCUACGCCCCAAUAAAUGCCCGGGCCCGGAUGGGUUUUCGGGCUUAUACUAUAAAACGUUCUCGGCAGACCUCCUCCCGCACCUUAAGGAUCUGUUCACCUCAAUUGGGAGGGGGGAAGCCCUGCCCCCAGACUUGUUGCAGGCAAAUAUAAGUCUGAUACCAAAACCGAAUCAGGCCCACCAGAGCCCGGGACAUUUUCGGCACAUUUCGCUUCUCAAUGUGGAUAUCAAACUAUUCACUAAGCUUCUCGCAAAUCGGCUACAACCCCACCUUCCGAGGUUGAUCCACCCAGACCAGGUGGGUUUCAUCCAACAUAGACAGGCCAGUGACAAUACCAGACGUACAUAUGACCUGAUCUGGGCAGCCACACGUAAAGGGUCCCCCACGUUACUGCUUUCCCUGGACGCCGAAAAGGCGUUUGACCGCAUUUUAUGGCCCUACCUAUUUGCAACGCUAGCAAAAUUUGGAUUUCCCGACCGGUUCUUGACGACGAUUCGUAAUUUGUACUCCCACCCGACCGCGCGAGUAUUGCUACCGAACACCUCGCCACCCUCCUUUGCCAUACACAACGGUACGCGGCAGGGAUGCCCUCUGUCCCCUCUACUGUUCGCCCUCUCCCUUGAGCCUCUUCUCCAACAGAUUAGGCUUAACCCGGCCAUAAAGGGUAUUCGGAUACGCAAAGAAGAGUACAAGGUCGCGGCUUAUGCCGAUGAUCUGUUAUUGACCCUGACGGACCCGGAGGCAUCCGUGCCCCCUCUGCUGGACCUCAUGGCAGAGUACGCUGAGAUUUCGGGAUAUAAACUGAAUCUAGAAAAGACAGAGGCGCUGGGGAUCCAGCUCCCGCAAGCUCUGGAGGGAACCUUGCGGGCCCGGUAUCCGUUCCACUUCCGGCCGGAUUGCAUCAAGUAUCUGGGGGUGUUUCUUCCUGCGGACCUGAACUUGACUUAUCGACUGAAUUACCACCCGCUAAUAGACCAGACUAAGAAAGACCUGACGGACUGGCAAAAACUGUCCAUUUCCUGGCUGGGUAGAAUAGCCUCGGUUAAAAUGACCCUUCUCCCUCGUUUUCUAUAUUUGUUCCAAACACUGCCAAUUCCGAUCUCGAGACCCGAUUUUAAAGCUUUGCAAACACAGAUAGAUAGGUUUAUUUGGGGGGGGAAGAGGAUCCGGAUCAAAAGAACCACUCUUUAUAUCCCACACAGGAGGGGGGGCCUAGGCUUACCGAAUCUGUGGGAUUACCACCAGGCUGCCCAGUUAGCGCAAGUCCUGAUGCUUCACGCACCGGUGGGGAUCAAGAUCUGGGUCGAUCUGGAACAUGACCUCUUUGGGAGAGACCACCCAUCGUUAUAUUUUUGGGUGCCGAAACCUCACCGUCGGAGUUACCCCACACCACGCCGGCCCUGCGGACGUCUUUGCAGGUGUGGGAUAGAGUCAACGGUAAAAACCCCCUUAUCAAUACGCCCUCACCGCUCACCCCAGUUCUGCGGAACCCGCAAUUUCCCCCAGGUAUGACACCUCAACAUUUUGCCCGCUUCGAAGAUAAUAACCUCAUCAGACUUUGCCAUUUCUUCCAGGGUGAUCGCCUGCUCCUAUUUGCAGACCUACCGCAAUCUACCCCUCUCAACUCUUUUGAUUAUUUCCGCUAUCUCCAGUUACGGAGCUUUUUGUCCAUUCCGGACAUCAGAAUGGCAGCCACAAAACAGCUUACACCUUUCGAGAAAAUGAGUAUGCACACACCGGUAAGGAGAGGUCAGAUAUCCAUUCUUUACGAUAUCUUUGCUAGAAACACCCCUCCGGAGGCCUUUUCUUACGUGAGGGAGUGGGAGAGGGACAUGGGCCCACCGGCCGAUCCAUCAGACUGGGCAGAAAUUUGGGAGGCAACGGCAUCAGUUACGAUCUGUGUGAAUCACAAGGAGCAGGCGUAUAAGACCCUGCUCAGAUGGUAUGUUACCCCCCUCAAGCUCAAACAGAUGCGACAAUCGACCUCCGACCGGUGCUGGAAAGGUUGUGGGGCCCAGGGUACGUACUUCCACAUGUGGUGGGAAUGCGAGCAUAUUUCAGCACUGUGGAAGAGGGUAGCUGACGUCGCCUCCAGAGCCUUACAAACGGCUCUCCCACUGGAUCCGUGGAUAUGGUUGCUGUCCAAACCCCUAGAUGCACUACAUAGGGCACAGAAUAAACUAGUGGCAAAAAUAGCCCUCGCUACACGACGGGCCAUUGCAGCACACUGGGGGAGGAUGGAAAUCCCAACUCUAUCAGAGGUACGACGGAAAAUAGAGGAGUCCAAGGAGAUGGAUGAGCUAUCUGCCCUGGUCCAUGAGACGACAGCAUCGGUAGGGAAGGUCUGGAGCCCCUGGGGCAAUGUGUAGAGCAGGCGAGGGAGGGGAGAGAGGACGGAGGAGGGUUCCUUCUCGACGCAAGAAUUUUUGAGCACGGCCCCACAUAAUAGACACGCCUCCUACACACACGCUGAUAGAUUACAUGCACCUAGUACAGGGGAGAUGUUACACUGAUAUGUAGAAUCCCACGUACCCCCCGUGUUUUUUUUAUUUUAUUUUUUUUUUGUGUUUUGGCUAUGUCUAGGCGAGGAUAGGCCUUAUAUCCCAUGUUAGCUCCAGUUGAGCUUUACCCUUAAUGUUCAGACACGAUAAGUCUCCGAUGACCUCAAUUUCCAGUAACGACACUGACUUAGGCCAUAGGCCGUACAAGCCCAGAGACGCAGCUCAAAACUUUUACCGCACCUACUCCCUCUAGAGGUGACGAGACAGUCGCCUCCCUCGACGGUCCAAUCAAGAGCAGAGAGACUACAGCUUAGGGGGAUAAAGAUUGCCUGGGAAAGAGGUCCACGGGACGAUGCUAUUCUUUUCAUAAUGUUGUACCCCCUUCCCAUAUUUUCUUCUUUCUGUACCCCAUAUACAAAGCUAAAAUUCUCAAAAUAAAGAAUUUAUAAAAAAAAAAAAGUAAUAAAAUAUAUACUCACAAUUGAAGUGGUUACAUUCUCAGUUGUAUUGUUAGCGUAUAUGUUUUCACUUUACAUUUGCAAUUCUCUGGUGAAUUCCUGUCAGAGAUUGAGUGAGGUAGACCAUUGCAUAGGGUAAUCUGUCAAAGGCGAAGUUGCUCAAAUAGAGGGGAACUUCGACAGUGGGAAAGAGUUGACUAACAAAAUAAAAACCUUAGAUGUAAGGUGGAGAUGUUUGGUGCUAAAGGCCAAGACAGGAACCCACAUUGUCCUCUAGCAUACACUAACACAAGCAGGGAUAUUUUUCUUUUUUUUAUAUAUAUAUAGUAACACAUAUCCCUAAUAAUGAUUGAUACAGGGCUGCCUUUAUCAAAAUAAUCACAUUAUCUUAAAAUAUUAUGUGGUCAAAAAUAUUUCUGUUUACAACUAAAAUGUGCCUGAUAGAAGUGGAAAAGAUUUAUUUAGUUUUUCUGUUGAGGUGCAUUUUUUUAUUAUGCAAUUUCAUUCGUUUGCUUCUCCACAAAUAUAUUUUGAAAACAUAAAUGUGGUCUGCAAUGUCCCAUCAGGCAGCAAAGCAAAGCUAUACCACUGUUAAUGGAAUGGGGAAACAUGGGAGCAUUUAAAGUUAAUUGAAUUUUGUUUAGGUUUCAUUUACCCAACACUCCCCACUUAAUUCUGCAUCAUUGUGACCCACUAUUCUGCACUCAUUCCCCUCUCUGUUAUUGUCCUGCUUUCUUACUAAACAUACCAUCAAGUCAUUAUUUUAUAAAUAAGAUUCUUCUGCUGACUUUUCAUACUCAGCAAGCAAGCCUCUGUGGAACACUACAAUCACUAUAACCACUGCAGCCUACUGUAGUGGGUGUGGUGCAAGGAGUGCCCAUGCACCCACCCACUGCAUACAGAAGGGCAUUUAAAGCUAAAACUGACCCUUUUUAAUGUAAUUCCACCUUUGGCAGCAUCAUUAGCCAGUCCAGAUCAAAGUUCUGGGCUGACUAAUGUCAAUCGUGUAUAACGUUGGCAUCUGAUGUAAGCACACCGAGACUUCCCUGUCAUUCCCUCAGUCUGUUCUCCAUGCCCUUCCUCACCCCCAUGGAGGGGGAGUGACAUCACGCAAAGAGAAUCAGGCUGCAGCUAGAAAUUUGAGCACUUUGUGAUGGAAUAAAAGUGACUUUUAGUGUUACCUUUUUUUACUAUUUUGGUGUGGAGGACCAUGUCAGAAUAGGUUACGCUAGCCAAUACCAGUGUUUUAUGAAUACACUGUUUUUUAGUUGGAGUAAGCGUUUAAGAAAAGCUGUCCAUUGCUAGUAGAAACUAAAGAAAUGCAGGAUAAGGUCCAAAAAAGAAUGUCUGUAUCUGAUUAUUUGCAUGCUAAACUGGGAUUACUGGGAUAGUUGUGGAAACCUGAUUCCUCAGAGUUUCUAUGACCAAUUCAGACUUUUCCAACUUGAGACAUGCAGGUGACACACAACAGUCAUUUUUCUCUUUUCCUACAAUAACAUUUUUAUUUUCUCCCUAAUCCUCCAGUCAUUUGCACCUUUCUUUUAUUCAAAUUGUUUCUCUUUAAUAACACACACAAGUACUUUUCAUGAUUCUUUUCUUUCAGGAAUUGUACCGGAGGAUUGGAAAAAGGCAGAUACGGUUCUUAUAUUCAAAAAUGGUUCAAAAUCUGCAUCAAAUCUUUGUGGCAACAGGCUCUGAGGUUUCAGUGAGCAAAGUAAGCGGCUUACUAAAUGCAGAAGGUUUCCAUGCCAGGGCUCCAAGAUGUACAGUACUAGUGGCCCAAAAGCACAAGAAUGUACAGUACUACUGGCCCAAAAGCACAAGAAUAGUCAGUACCAAUAUUCUCAGAAUCAUAUAAAUACGCCACAGAAGUUUUAGGGUUCUGUUCUGUGAAAUAGGUAAGCAAAACUGGAACUUUUUAGCCCAGUGGAUCACAGGUAUGUCUGGCAAAAGAAGAAUGAAGCAUACACUGAAAGGAACACUCUACCUACAGUUAAGCAUGGUGGUGGCUCAGUGAUGCUCUGAGGCUGCUUUGCAUCCUCUGGCACUGGAAACUUGCAGCAUGUGGAGGGCAAGAUGGGUUAUUAAAGUAUCAGGAAAUCCUAUAGGAGAAAACAUCAUGCUGUCUGUGAGUAAGCUGAAGCUUGGGCGUCAUUGGAACUUCCAACAAGACAUGAAUCCCAAGCAUACCUCAAAUUCCACCUAGGCUUCGUUGCAGAAGAAGUCCUGAAAAAUUCUACAGUGGCAAUCACACGCAGCUGACUUUAACCCCACAUAAAAUCUCUGGUGGGAUUUAAAGAAGGCAGUUGCAGCAAACCCAAGAAUAUUACUGAACUGGAGGCCAUUGUUCAUGAACAAAGAUUACUCAGGAACACUGCCAGAAGCUGGUGUCUUGCUAGCCAUCUCUUUUGCAGCAGAAGGGUGCUCUACUAAGUACUAAAGAGGCUUGCCAUGAAAAGGUUAAAUUAUUUUGUAACUUUAGAAGUCAUUAUAAGUAAAGAAUUUCUGUUGAAUUUAGGGGAAACCACUUGAAGCAUUCUUGUUUGAGCUAUUUCAAUUGCUUUUGUUUGAUUUAUUCGUUGCAAACAGCUAAAAGUCUUGAAUAAUUUUGAUUACAACUGUAAAUGAGAUACAUUUUUCUUUUUAAAAUUAAAUUUUAUGUGCAAAAGUUGCUAUUAGUAAGUCAUCAAAAAUGUCUCAUAACAGUCCCCAGCCACACCCCAGCCACACCCCAGCCACAACCCUAAAUUUAACCCUUCAAGAACAGAGGCAAAUGUACAAGUUCUGAACCAAAACAAAACCUGGAAUUUGAGCUAUAUUUCUGUUCUAUAAUAAUUUACCUCUUUCAUAUUAAUUUCACUAGUGGUGUAUUUAUCCAAAGGCAAACUAGGCAAUUGCCUUGGGCGGCACUAGCCAGGGGGCAGCAAAAAUUGCUGCACCCAAACGCCCACUCGGGCAUCCCCGUUGUUCCCCCGUCAUGGGGAAGUCCAAGACCUGGCCUGCUGGCCACCAUAUGGAACCCCCUACCCUCCCCCCGGCGUGUGGCUUUAUUGGAAUCAGAGGCGGUGAGGCAGCUGUGAUCUCCCUGCUCUGCUUCCUCGCACACCAUUUACUGAUGCUGUGGGAGCCAAAAUAUAUAAUUCCAGCUCCCGGCAUCAGUAGACAGCCUGCAAGACGAGAGGGGGCAGAACAGGAAGAUCACAGCUCCCUCUACACCUUUGAUUCCAAUACAGCCGCACACCUUACAGCAGUCUUACUGUACCUCCAAUGACAGACCCACACCAGCUCUCCAGGUAGGGAGGCUGGGUGGAAAUUUUAAAAGUAUUAUAGUAUUAAUAAUUAGUGAGUGUAUGUGUGUGUGUCUGUGAGUGUAUGUGUGUGUGUCUGUGAAUGUGUGUUUGUGUGUGUGUGUGUGUGUGUGUGUGUGUGACUGUAAGUGUGUGUGUGUUUGCGAGUGUCUGUCAAAUCAGUGAUAGCCUGUGUGUGACUAUCAGUGUGUGUCUGUCAAUGAGUGUCUGUCAGUGUGUGUGUCUGUCAGUGUGCGUGUGUGUGACCUAUGGAUGAGUGUGUGUCAGAUCUGUGAGUCUGUGUCUGUCAGUGACGUCUGUGUGUUUGUUUUUGAGUGUGUCUGUGACUGUCAGUGCGUAUCUGCCAGUGUGUGUCUGUUGGGGAAUGUGUGUGUGUCAAAUCAGUGAGUCUGUCUGUCAGUGACGUCUGUGUGUUUGUCAUUGAGUGUGUGUGUGUGUGUGUGACUGUCAGAGUGUGUGCUUAAAGGGAUACUAUAGGCACCCAGACCACUUCAGCUCACUGGAGUGGUCUGAGUGCAGUGUCCCACUCACCUUAACCCUGCAAGUUUAAUUAUUGCAGGCAACCAAAAGUCGCUUAACUGAUGCUGGACAUCCAGCACCUGCUUAAUCCUCAUAGGAAAGAAUUGAUACAAUGCUUUACUAUGGGAAAGCCUAAUGCAAGCGUGGAGGAGGAGCCUGACCCAUCGCUGAGGGACAUCAGCGCUUGAUUAAGGUAAGUGACUAAAGGUGUUAUAAUCCCUUCAGUGCCGAGUGGGUGGGGGAGCACGAGGGAGGGGGCCAAUAUAGGGAACUAUGGAAUCCCUAUAGUAUCCCUUUUAAAGGAGUAGGAAACGCUGAAGUCUAAAGCAGAAGGGGUGGGUUCUUAAUCAGGAAAAGAUGUGGCCUUGACCGCUAGGUGUGGGGCAAAUUUAUAUUAGGGUGUGCCUAGGUUUAGUCAUGCCUAAGGCAGCACAAAACCAAAAUACACCACUGAUUGCACCCAUAUUUAUUAUAUAUAUCAUUUUGUUCAGGAGAAAUAGGGUUUCACAUCAAAUAUUUAUAUAUGAAACAUAAUUUAAAAUGAUUAACAUCUAAAACAAAGUGUGAGAAAAAGUGUGAGGACAUUUUAUUUUCCAAAUGCUGCAUGUCAUUUUAAAUGAGAAUAUUAUAAUACUGUUAGCUUUUACUGCAAUAAAAUACACAUAUUUGUAUUCAGCAAUACCUCACAAGUUCAACAGUACCCCCUAUGUACAGGUUUUAUGGGGUUUUGGAAAGUUACAGGGUCAUUCAUAGGACUUGCCAUUACUGUCUUUACACAUUGAAAUUUACCAGAUUGGUUUGCUGGGCCUUUGUCACAUUUGAGACCAUAUGGCAACCCAGGAAAGAUAAUUACCCCAUCGUAACAUGCCAUUUACAGGUGUAGAUAGCUAAGGGUAUUCAAAAUUGGGUAUAGGCAGACUUUUUUUAGUAGCCAGUUAGUUACAAACCCUUUACAAAGUUAAUGCUCAUAUUCGUUUUUUUCAUUUUUCACACAAAAACUGCACUUUCACCAAUAUACAUUUUACUGCUAUAAAAAACAUACAUAUGUGUUCAGCAAUGUCUCAUGAGUACAACAUUACCCCCCAUGUCCAGGUUUUAUGGUGUUUUAGAAAGUUACAGUGUCAAAUAUAGAGCUUGCAAGUUAAAUUCUCUGGAGUUUCUGCCUGGGUUUGUCAGACAGGUCCCCCAAUAUAUACAUAUAUACAUAUAUAUAUAUAUAUAUAUAUAUAUAUAUAUAUAUAUGACAAAUCACAUACUUAUGUAAGCACAUAUAUAUAAGACAUGGUCUUGAUAAAGGACCACAAGUGGGUCCAAAACACAAUUAAAAUCUUUUUUACUUUUUUCUAACAAAGUCCUACGAGUGCCCACUCCUACCUAACAGUUAAUCUAUAUCUAAGUUCAAUUGUGGAGCACCAGGGCAUUUAAACCAAAAGAUUUAUCUCAUUUACAGAACAAGAUAAAAGUUAGUGUCUUCAUAUCUACAUUUUUACAUAUAUGUAUAUAUAUAUAUAUAUAAUUUUUUUUUAUUAUUCUAAGAAGUCUGUGUAAGGCUUUUUUUUUUUUACGCUCUCCUUUGUAAGUUAGAUCUUUAGCGCAGAGUCUAUGCUGUAGAUUUGACUGAAUGGUGGGGGAAAGACCUAUUUUUUUUUUUUUAUUCUCUUUUUUAUUGAGGCACGAGAUAAUGACAGUACAGAAAUUAAGGAGUUUAAACAUACAUGUGUAUAUUGAACAUAAUAUACAUAAAAAGAAACAAACAAACAAAAAAGCAUAGUGGUUUCAGCGCCAUGUGGUCGACCGCCUAGGGGAUCUCUCUGUUGUGGAUUGAUGAACUUCCCCAUCGGGGACCGGGAUAGCCCCCUCCGGUGCAGAGGGUGGAGUUGCAGGGCUGCAAGGUGCAAGGUGGUGUUAUGAGCUGGUCCCACGCCAGGUGAGCAACUGACUCGACCGGGUGCCAGGCACCGAGAGAUGCUAGGUCUCUCUGUCAUCCUCGUGUUAUCUUCUGUUAUCCUCGCGUUCCCACUCGGCGCUAUUCGGCGCCCAGAUUGUGUGAAGCUGCUUGUGAAGUAGUUUCAGGCUGAAAAAACUUAUUUAACCCCUUAAGGACCAAACUUCUGCAAUAAAAGGGAAUCAUUCAUGACAUGUCACACAUGUCAUGUGUCCUUAAGGGGUUAAAGUCUGACUGUGCCAAAGCUAGCAAUAGAACCCAUCCAGCCAUCUUGGCUGUCAGCCCCCGCCCCCAUGGAAAGAUAACUAGAUAUUUCUCCCAAUCAAUACAUUUGCCAGCAAAUUUGUGAGCACAAUGUGUAGAUGAAAUGUGAUGCUCUUUCAAAAGAGCAUAAGCAGUUUGGGGCAUGGCAAGUAUCCUUUAAUUAUUAUUAUUAUUUAUGAAGCUCCAUUAAAUUCUGCAGCGAUGUACAAUGGGAUGACUAUAAGCAAUCACUUGCUGCUCGCUAUUUAGCAGACAUGCCCCUACUUGCAGCAUGUCUCAUAUUGUCCCCCAUAGGCUUUUAUUUGUCUCUUAGUUCAGGAGAUAUCUUUCCUGAACUAAGCGUGCAGAAUUAAUUGAACCCCUCGGGCAAUUGAGUUAUGGAAGUGCUUCCAUUUUUAACCUGAUACUUGCUGACAUUAAGUGAGAGGUUAAAAAUGAAAUCAGUUUGCCCAAAUUUUGUUUUCAACGAAAAUACGCAAACGCAAUUCGAACGAAAUCUGGUUCUUCCAAAGGGGUUUUUAUUUACGCCGUAAUUGUAGGACAAACUAGAAUUUCCAUCCGUGCGCAAGUCUACAAACAAGCAAACUGAAGUGGUGUGCCUAUGGAGUUCAAAUGUGAUAUAUGGUCAAUAUGGCCCUGCUAAAAAAAAAAAAAAAGGUUAAAAAUGAGGGAAAAUAAUAGAGCAGCACAAGACUGGGAGAAGAAAUGAGGAACACGGGUAAUUUGAAAAAUUUUGCAAAAAUACACUCAGCAGCUGAAGGCUACAAAACAGACCUAAUAAUCCUCUCUGUCCUGUUAAACCAGCAUAAAUUAGUCAAAUGAAACCAUAAUUGUUUUUCUUUUAUUAUGUAGCACAUAGCCAGGUCCUGGUUGAAUCUAGUUCUCCUCCAAUGUGCAGGUAAAGGGUUACCUGGUGAGUCUAGGAAGUUGGAAAUAAAAAACUUUGAAAGACUUUAUUUUCAUGUGUCGUCACGUGAUCACCUAAUUCCUAGUUACACCACCUACAGUGCCUCAUUAAGAGGUCAUGCAAACUGCAGGCUGCUUCAGCCACUGUUACUCAUUUCACAUUCAAAUCCAGGGAACUGGCUAAACUAUGGGAUUUUCCAAGAAAAGAGCUUCACAUGCGGAAGAACAAGGAGAAAGCAAGUAGGAAAUGUGUCUGACCCUUCAGCAUGUUCUGUGUACAGAGGGGUUAAGCAGGGGAGCUGUGAUCAGCAGGUGAGGGUGCACGUACAGUAGUUCCAGAUACUUUUUUUCAGUUGCUGUGAGUCAGGGUGUUUAUGAAGUUACAACCCCCUACAACUCCUAUGAUGCUUUUCGGUGGUGUUUGGUAGUUCUCUAAAAAGCUGGGGGUCUGUUUUUUGGCCACCCCUUCGUGGAAUUGCUACAUAGUUCCCUGAGACACUUGUUACAGGUGAUACAUACAGUAAACAUGCAUAAGAGCUAAUGUAUCCUUUGUUUUAGAAUCUAUCACUGUGUGUUUACAUUACCUUACCUGGAGUUUGUUUUUUUGUGGGUUUUUUGGGAUCCUUUUUUAUGCUGUGCUUUUUUCUGUAAUUGUUAAUGUAGACACGUGUUAUCAGCUUAAACUGGUAACUAAUUUGCUAAUAAUUUGUUAUGUUUUUUAACGUCCAGGAACAUAUGUGAUGAGGAAUUAGAAGCUAAAGUUUAAUUCUAUGAAUAUUCAUUUUCUGUAUCUCUAUUUAUUACAGCACUUAUUGCAAUGUUACUAAUCAUCACGCAUACUGCAAUUAAAAGGUGUACAUUGCAUAAUACUUGAUCAGAUAACUUAUAUCAUGUGUAGCCAACUUGGGAAAAACUGGCUCAUUCUGAUAUGUGGAGUGACACUGGGUGUUAAUGCAUUUCAAGGGCGCUGUCCUAUCGGGCUCUGUUGGGUUAACUUGUUUGUUUUUCUGUGUGUGUAUUUCCUGGAGUUAUUCAGUAAAAUGUAAAGCAUGUUUUGUAACCUGUCCUAUUUAGUAAGACAUGUAUUAAUCUAUCAAAGAAAUGUUUUUAAAGUUAAUAAUAGAUCCCUGAUAAUCCCGAUUUGUAAAUGCCAGUGUUCCAUUCACUUACCCUUUACUGUAGUAGGUACACUACAUACCUGCUGUUGUCCCCAUUGAAUUCGAAGUAAAAUAACCUACAUUUCAGGUUCCAAUGCUGUUCUUCCACAUUUAUUUCAAUGGUUUAACCAGCCUCACAACUGUCACUUAACUACUUGAAGUGUUAGUAGAAUUAAUUCCUUGAAUUUGUAGGGAUGUAUUGAAUGUAGUGGGAGAUCCCUUGUAUGGUAAUGCUAACUUGUAAUACUCUAGAUACCAGACAGGCUGUUUUGGUUCUUGUCAUUAAAAAGGCUUUCUGUAGUGGAUUGGAGGCAAUUAGGUAAAUGUGCUUUGUUUUUAUAAUGCUUUCUGUGAACUGUUGUAUUCACCCAGUUUGGAGUAAAGAACAGAUUACUGUUGAUUCUCAUUGUCUCUCUCUGAAUAGUUCUCAGAAGCUGUGUGUGACUGAUUGUAGGGCCAGCUGGAUAUUGUACAGUUUCAAACUAAAUAUGAUUGUAACUCUUGUUUCAAGGAGAAAAUGUUUGGAAUUACAGCAUGGUUGGAGAUAUGUAAUGUUUGAUUGGUUCAUGCCUGAGAUGUAUUUCUAAUUUAGGAAACCUGUCUGAUACUGACAUGAUAUAGUCUGUAGAUAUCCCUUUCAUAUUGUAGCAUGGUCCUUCAGAGUAAACUGGGAUAUCCCCUGCCAUCACCUUGAGUGAACACUGUCCACUAACUGAGUUAUUUAUUUUAUUUAUAAAAUAUUUUACCAGGAAAGAUACAUUUAGAUUUCUCUCAUUUUCAAGUAUGUCCUGGGUCCACAAAACAUGGUCAUGUAACGACUGCUAGUGUGGUCCAACACGUAGAAACUAUGUAAACCUGUACAUAGAAAUAAGAAAGGAAAUAAAAGGACCAAUAAUGGCCGGACUAAUACGUUAGAGACAGAGAAUGGUCAAAACGAAAGCCGAGGUCAAGGAAGCCAGAAAUACACAAUACCAUUUAAACAAACCAAGUCAGGGGAACCAGAAAUCAGAAUAACCAGGAAAAGCCAAGAUCAGAAUACCAGAAUAUCAAUAUCACAAGAAAACGCACUCUCAGGAACCAGGAACAGGAAACCACGACAGGGCAAGGUACUAGGGUGAAUUAGGGAUUUAAAUAUCCCUCUCUAGGCUCUGAUUGGUUAGAGGGUGACCUCUGACCCCAGAACGUGCGCGUGCAUUGACGUUGUGACGUCACGCGCAUGUUCGUAUAACUUUGGGGGUCGGAGCCAUUGAUGGACGCGACCGCAUGUUCGGCGCCAUCUUGGAUUUUUCGGAGCGGCGUGGAGGAGCGGUUCUGGGCUUGCCGCUGAGCAGGUAAGCUCAGCAAGUUGGUGCGGUCAUGCCGGUCGUGCACGGACGCCGUGACAGGUCAGUGAGUGUGUGUGCGUCUGUCAGUGAGUGUGUAUGUCUGUCAGUGAGUGCGUGCGUCUGUCAGUGUGUGUCCAAGUAAUUAUUUAUUUAUUUAUGAAAUAUUUUACCAGGAAGGAUACAUGUAUGCAAACUGGGGAAGGAACCAGGUAAAAAUUUAAUUUUGAUGAACACAGUUUUCAACAUUUUGAAAAUCUUGUUAACAUUUAAAUUCACUUGUAAAAACUAGGAAUAAGAACAGAGACAGGUAGACAAAGAUAGAUCAAUAGAUAGACAGUCAGACAGGCUUUAAGAUUUGCAGCUUCUGCAGUGAGCUCUGCUCAGCAAGUUUUGUAGAACAGCAAUAGCAACAGUUUCAGUAAUGGAAAGACAUAAAACUGUUACUGGAGUUAGUACAACAGACAUCUAUCUGUGUACUAGUAGCCCCAUGCAUUAUUCUUCAUUAAUGUAGCUACUGGUGCAUCUUGAGGACCAAAUCCUUAUAUACAUGAAGGAGUGUGCACAUGCAUGCAAGUACUUGUACAGAAGGAAGACUAGCUCCUGUCUGGGACAGAUUUGAGAAGGAAGGUGUUUUAUUGCAGCAGGGGUUUUUGCAAGGCACUGCAGUUACACAAAAAUGAGAUAUUCUGCUUUAAGGGAGCCCCAGUACAUCUGUCACUAAUACAAUUUGGAGAAAUUAGCAUAUUUCUCCAUUAAUAAUUAAAGUAGAAUGGAAACUUUAAAGAAGAAAGAAUGGCUAUUAAAAAGUUGCAUGGAGAUGAUCCAGAGAAAACAGCUGCCUAUUUAUAUUUAAUAUUUCUAAACGUUAGGGCUACCUCUAUACCUCCAUAUUCGACAAGUGGAAAGAACUACGAGGCCCAGUGUAUUUAUGUGUGUUUAUUUAUUAUUUAGAUCAUUACAAAUAUUUUUAUCAGAAAAAGUAAAAAAAAUUUCUGCAAGGAUUUAUGCAAGGUGAAAAGUAUAAUUUCGUGACUGUUAAAAAGACCUUUAACAUUUCUUGACUGUUUGCAAUCGAUCGCCUUGCAGUUCCAGGAAUAAGACUAAAUUUUUAUCGCAACUGAUCAUAUUUGAAUUUCUAGGAAUCUAUUAUUAAUGGUUAAUAAAAAAAGUCAGUAAUUCAGUAUAGAAAUCAAUCUGAUAAUUAAAUCUACAGGUGUACAUUUGGACAUCAAUAACAAAGUACCAGGAGAUGGAGAUGGUCAUGACAGUUUUUACUGAGUCCUGAUCUGAAGUACCACUCAAAUCUGUAGAUUUUUCAUUUAAAGCUAGUACUAUCUGUUUGAAAAUAAAAAAUAAAUAAAAAUUCCAUGCAGGCUGUGGACAGAAGCAAAAGUGAUUUAACUCCUAAAUGGUUUUGAAUUGAGCAGUGAGACUUCAGAGACACAAUCUAUAUACUAGAACUGCUUCAUUAAGCUAACGUUGUUUUGGUGACUAUAAUGCCCCUUUAGAAAAAAAUUUUUUUCCAGUUUCAAUUUCUUAGACAAAAAUUAGAAAUGUACUUUACAGUCUUUUUUUUUUUUUUUAAUGCCUGAUAAUACACAUUAGUAAAAUAAAGAAAUAACCUGAAAAAUAUAUACUUACCCAAAGUGGAUUUCAUCAUUUACAUGAUUUGUAUGUAACAUUGUCCCUAAGUUAUCUAUUUUUUUUUGUCUUAAUAAAUCAUGUGUUUCACUUGAUAUUUUGCUCAGUGCCAAUAUUUUUUUUUCAAUGUGACAAUUUUUAUUUUCUCUUUCAAUGCAAACUUGGGAUACAGAAGAAAGAAAGGAGGGGGCGAGAGAACAUCACAUAAUCACAACCUACAUGUCAUCCAUUUUUACAUGGUCUGCUUUUUGUCUCGCUCUUUUUGCCCAGGUUCUGGGACCUGCUUAGAUGCCUCCCUGCUAAGCACCUCUGCCUUUGGUCCCUAUCUAGUGUCUUCUUUUCUCCCUGUAGCAAUUGAGUGCUUGCUCUCGUUCCUUGCUUAAUGUUCUAACGUUCUGAUUCCUCCCCGUCUCCCGGGUAGGGUCUUGAAGAGGGGGGGCGGGGUAAAGGGGGUUACAAAAGCUGGAGGGUGGGGGAGGAGGGGGGAGGUUGGCAUACCCGCUCUCCUUACCGGUUUUGUGCUAUUCUACUUUGUCUUUGUGCUUCCUUCUCUCAGUUCUCUUGUUUGUCUGACGAUUUCUGUCUAGUCUCUUUCUCCCCCUAGGGACCCAUUUCCAUGGACUCCCCAUUUUCUCAGUGCCGAUAUUUUAAGAAACAUGCAUACAUAUCUUAAAUAUGUAGGUAUAUUACAAGCAAAUACAUGUAGUUGUGCUUGUUUGUAUGUUACAUUUUAUAUGUGUUUUCGAAGAACAUUUUUUACUAAGUAAGUCAUUACUUCCAAGCCCAUUCACCUGCUUUGCAAAAGGUGGAAAAACUUGAUUGCAUACUUAGUGAUGUGUCAGAUGUGAACUGACAGAGAGACAGCAUACCUGCAAGUUUUGUUCUUCCAUGAUGUCAUGUAAACUGCCUAUAGCAUUAAUUCUUUAAGUACUGGUUUAAAGGAUAUGUGAAUGAGUUUGAGUCAGAUGCAUUAUGUUACAAUACUUGUAUUUCAUUUAUCGUUAGCUUUAGGUCAAUUUGCAACGUUCUUAGGGUCUGAGGAUGAAUGGUACUUUUAUGUUUAAUGUUGUAUCCUCUGUGGGGUCUUGGUUGAUGAUGAUGUAUCAUGUACGCUGGAGCAAAUGAGGAAUUCACAGAAUACCUUGUAUUGGAGCAAGGGUGCAUUUAUUUAAGAAUACAUCAAAGCUGAUAUUUUAAACAACAUACCCAGUACUGCCCAUUGUAGUAGUAAUGUUACUAGUUGUCAGCUAUGUCAGUAUGUCGGUUUUCAUCAGUCAGUCAUCCUCAACCAAUUAAUGUCAUCCAGAUAUGAAAGAAACUGAUUUUACCAAUGUAACUUUUGUAUUAGAAAUGUGGUAAGCGUGAGUGCCACAGCGACCUUUGGUUUAUAAUAAACUGCUUAAAAAUUAAUUGAUACAGAACCAAGGGAUUGGGCCGUUAGCCUGCUAGCUCCACAACCACGCCAAUUGAUUAUAGUGGUUAUGGUGUCUUUAAUUCCCCUUUAACUGCUUGAAGUUAUUUUUAUUAAAACACUUAAUUUAUAUCUUGAAGAAUAAUCAAAAACAAACAGUAAUUUAUAGUAAAAUCUCCAUCCAAGGAUAGCUAAAAAAUUAUUAUUUUUCAGAAUAUUGGCAUAGAAAUAGAAAUCUAAUUUUUGUUACACACAAAUAAGUAACCGACUUAUUUGUAUUUGCAAGGAAUCUAAUGGUAUUUGUUGUAAUGCAGCUUUCCAAAAAAAAAAGUUUCACAAUGAAAUUUCUUUGUAUUUAUUUAUGUUGGUAUGAUGCCUGUACAUAGUAAGGACAGUCACACCAAACAUAUGUAAUUAACAGGGCACAGCAAGCUGUUAACAUACCUCCCAACAUUUCAAAUGGACAGAGAGGGACACUUUAAUUUUAGCGAUAUGACCAGUAAUGUGUCUUUUCUGAGAAAUUUUAGGUGACUUGCUAAUAAUAAUGUAUAGACAAAAGGAUAAAAAAGGAUCAGCGCUAAUAUACCUAACUAAAAGAUAUAUAUAUAUAUAUAUAUAUAUAUAUAAAAAUACAAAAAUGAAAGUUGGCGACACGCCUUAAAACAUAAGGUUCCUCUAAAUAACAGAGAUGAGUCAAACAAGGGCAAUAAAGGUUGCGCCAGAAAUUAUAAAAACAGACAUGUGUUAUAACAUAUAUAUAUAUAUGUAUGUAUAUAUAUAUAUAUAAGAAAUAUAUAUAUAAGAAAUAUAUAUAUAAGAAAUAAAUAAAUAUAUAUAUAUAUAUAAAAACAUAUAUAAAAGUAGAUAAAAAUGGUCCUACUUACAAUUGAUAGAGCUUAACCUAGCUUAACCUAGUCUGAAUGUCGUACAGUGGUACAAUCUCCACUUAUAGGAUACGUGAGGCGGUGUAGGUAGGCAGAUGUGUCAUCAGUAUGAAGAUCAUAAAAAAUAUAAAAGAAACAGCAAUAGUGCUCACAGUAUAAAAGGUACCAGGAGUAUAGAAAAAUGAAUAGGUAUUCACAUCUAAUUGGGCAGACUAACUGCUCAAUGUGUAGGCGUAAGUGGUAUAAUCCCCACCGUGGAUUAUUUUGAAGUAGUCCUCACUGGAACUUAGAAUCGGAUGCCAGGUAGAAAAUAAUAAAAAAGUAAAAUGGCACACUCACAGUUGAAAGAGGCCAAAACACCUUUAUUAAAAUACAAUGUAAAACAAGCAGUUAAAAUAUUCAUUACGCGUUUCACCAAAGUGUCUUUCUCAAGUGGAGGUAGAAAAAUCAUAACUGGCAGGCAUAGGUUUAUAUAGGGAGUGUGGGUGUGGUUUCUUUAAAUUUGGUGCCUAAAUGAUAUCAUAAUUGAUUUUAUGAAAAAAAAUGUAAAAGAUGAAAAAAGCUCUAGAGUGAUAGUAGACCAUUGUAGGGACUAGUGUAUAAAAUUCGGAAGCAAAACUAAGCGCGGUCACGUGACAGGCCCAAAAUUAUCCAAAAUGGCCACGGUCACACGACCCGCUAUUUUUUUACUUUUCUCCCCUUUAGAAGCUUCGUUUUGCUUCCAACAUUUCUACACUAGUCAGUACAAUGGUCUGCUAUCAUUAUAUACCUUUUUUUCAUCUUUUAAAAAAAAUAAAAUCAUAAAAUCAUAGAAACAUAGAAUGUGACGGCAGAUAAGAACCAUUUGGCCCAUCUAGUCUGCCCAAUUUUCUAAAUACUUUCAUUAGUCCCUGGCCUUAUCUUAUAGUUAGGAUAGCCUUAUGCCUAUCCCACGCAUGCUUAAAGGACCACUCUAGGCACCCAGACCACUUCAGCUUAAUGAAGUGGUCUGGGUGCCAGUUCCAGCUAGGGUUAACCCAUUUUUUAAUAAACAUAGCAGUUUCAAAGAAACUGCUAUGUUUAUUAUUGGGUUAAGCCUUCCCCCUAAUCCUCUAGUGGCUGUCUCAUUGACAGCCACUAGAGGCGCUUGCGUGCUUCUCACUGUGAUUUUCACAGUGAGAGCACGCCAGCGUCCAUAGGAAAGCAUUAUGAAUGCUUUCCUAUGUGACCGGCUGAAUGCGCGCACAGCUCUUGCCGCGUGUGCGCAUUCAGCCGACGGGGAGGAGAAGAGGAGGAUCGGAGGAGGAGAGCUCUCCGCCCAGCGCUGGAAAAAGGUAAGACUUAACCCCUUUUCCCUUUCCAGAGCCGGGCGGGAGGGGGUCCCUGAGGGUGGGGGCACCCUCAGGGCACUAUAGUGCCAGGAAAACGAGUAUGUUUUCCUGGCACUAUAGUGGUCCUUUAAACUCCUUUACUGUGUUAACCUCUACCACUUCAGCUGGAAGGCUAUUCCAUGCAUCCGCUACCCUCCCAGUAAAGUAUCAAUUAUGAUGUCAUUUAGGCGUCAAAUCUAAAGAAAUCACACCCACACUCCCUAUAUAAACCUAUGCCUGCCAGGUAUGAUUUUUCUACCUCCACUUGAGAAAGCGUUGUGGAUAUUUUACCUUUUUUGUAUUUUGGCCUCUUUUUAUAUAAAAUAAAUAUAUAUGUAUUAAGGCAGUUUUGCCUGUAUUUGUGGGAGGGGCUUAAAUUAAUUCACUCCCCUAUAUAAGGGACACCCCUUACCUGACUCAUAUCGCUUGAGGUCAGCAUCAGAAUGAUUUCCACUUCCGGGUCAUCCAGACGCCAUUUUACCUGAUUACUCCAUGAGGUUUUCUAAGCUGAGCUGUGUCAGGAAUCCAGCCACAGGCUUUUCCGGCCUACCACCUUCUUUCUUCAAUCUAUUGCUGUGGAUGGUGUCCAAGUGACUCACAAACCGUAAGUUGACCUACCCAUUACGCCAGGCAUCAGUCCCACGGCACCAUGCAAGGGUCAGGUCCUCACUUUACUGCUGCAUUUUGUCUAAGUCUGUUCUAAAACCAUUGCAUGUUCAUGCAUAUCAUUCGUUUAAACCCCCUACUGGUCUUUGGGUGUACUACAGACUUCUUAGACAUUAUCGCAUUUCAUGUACAAACCAACGAACCACUGCAUCUUUGCCUACACACUGACCCCUACCGGUCAUUCGGUGUACUACAGGCUUCUCAGACAUUAUUGCAUUUCAUGUACAAACCAACGAACCACCGCAUUUUUCACCUACACACUGACCCCUAUUGGUCAUUCGGUGUACUACAGGCUUCUUAGGCGUUGUUUGCAUUUUCAUGUACAAACCAAUAAACCACUGCAUUUACACCUACACACUGACCCCUACUGGUCUUUCGGUGGACUACAGGCUUCUUAGACAUUAUCGCAUUUCAUGUACAAAUCAACGAACCACUGCAUUUGCGCCUACACACUGACCCCUACCAGUCAUUCUGUGUACUACAGGCUUCUCAGACAUUAUUGCAUUUUAUGUACAAACCAACAAACCACUGCAUUUUUCACCUACAUACUGACCCCUAUCAGUCAUUCGGUGUACUACAGGCUUCUUAGACAUUAUUGCUUUUCGUGUACAAAACAAUAAACCACUGCAUUUUUACCUACACACUUACACCUACCGGUCAUUCAGUGUACUACAGGCUUCUCAGACAUUAUUGCAUUUCAUGUACAAACCAACGAACCACGGCAUUUUCGCCUACAUGCUGACCCCUACCGGUCAAUCGGUAUACUACAGUCUUCUCAGACUUUAUUUCACUUCAUAAGCAAACAAACUAACUACAGCAUUUUCGCUUUUAUACUGACUCCUAUCUGUCAUACGGUAGGAUUAACCCCUUAGGGACACAUGACAUGUGUGACAUGUCAUGAUUCCCUUUUAUUCCAGAAGUUUGGUCCUUAAGGGGUUAAAGGGUAUUUUUACCAUACAAUCAGCAUUUAUGACCCCUACUGGUCAACAGAAAAACUGUCUUCACAUGUCAUAUACAAUUUACCAGCCAAUAUAAAUUACACAUAAGAUUGUUUUAACCCCUUAAGGACACAAGACAUGUGUGACGUGUCAUGAUUCCCUUUUAUUCCAGAAGUUUGGUCCUUACGGGGUUAAACAUAACCAUAAACCAUAAAUGAAACUCCAGCACGGGCUCAAAUUCAGGUUUAAUUCACAAUAAUUUACAUUUCACAUCAAGACCAACAGUGGUUCUAUCAACACUGCCACCUACAGGUCUGUCAAGUACAUUGACAAUUUUCAUGGGGUUUUACAAACACCAAAACACUUACACCUAUAGGUCAACAGACAAACAACAUUUCACAUACCAAUCAGUAUCCAACUACACUGCCACCUAUAGGGCACUCGGCAGAUCUCCAGUGCACUUGCAUUUUGCAACACCAUGUUCACUGACCCCUACCAUUCAAUAAGACAUACAACAAUUCACAUAGCAAGCACUAUAUCAACAUCAGGUAUAAAUACAUAUAUUAUUACACAGUAGCAGACGCGUCUGUAUAUACGUAACUGGUAAUAUAGUUCACAUACAUUUUUCACAGCACGCUGCUCACGCAACAGACUUUCCCCUAGCAAGGGGACAUAAAACAUACAAGGUGGGGACAGACCACAUUUUCACUUGUACAUACGGCACUUAAUGGGUUAAGAUUGAUACAUAUUUAACCAGUAUGGCUACGAUGUUUAAUAUUUACACAUCAUGGCACUUUACUUUUCACAUAUACUGUACGUAUUAAGAUAAGCUUGGUCUAUGCCAUAUUUCCUUAUGCCAUACGGUUUUAUCCAUUCAGGUUACAGUUACUACUAAAAAACCUAUACGGAUUGUCAGGUUCAAUACCAUACUACCAGGUACAUACACCUGCUCACGUAGUUAUCCAUCUCUUACCUUCCCUGGAAUAGUAAUAGUGUACUGGCAAUUAGGGUUCUAGGGCCCAAUAGGUAUUACCCCCUUUUUUCUCUGCAUUAUGCUUCGGUUAGUGGUCCCGCGAGGCCAACACCCCGCCUCACACUCGGAGGCAUACACCCCUCGGGCCACUCGUGAGCUAGCCGCCUCGCAUUGUAUCAUAGAGAGGGCCUCACCUGUCACUCCCCUUCCUAUUUUCUGGUUACUGUCACCGAGAGGCCAACAUCCUGCCACAAUGUUCGGUGGCCACACAAAAUCCCCUCGCGCCAAGCAUAGAUAGAGCCUCUCAAGCCACUUGGCAACUAGCAGGGCCUCACCAGUCACCAAAAAACACCAAGCCUAAUCGUUUCGCCUUACGGCUUAGCUAGCAAGCCAGUACAAGAACCCUGGGUACAAAUAAUUGCAUCUUUAUUGUUAUUUAAGUAUUUCUCCAAAAGAUGGUGAAGAAUCACCUCUUCCUAGCACCCCGGCUAGAAUUGAUACACCUUCAAGCAGAGGAGAUGUUGCUAGUCCUGCAGCAAUCAGAUCCUGGACGAUCCCACACAUUACCACCGACCUAAGGAGGUGACAAAUCCCCUACCCUGCUACAGCAAGGAAAGCAGAGUUAUUCAAACUCCUCCAUACAUCAACGGACAACACGGAGGCAGGGGAAGGCCCAGCUACAUCAACUCAGGUGACACCCAGGCUAUGCUAGCCUCACUCAUAAACUCAUGAGCCAAAACAUUUUAUGACAGACUGGCAAUCUCGAGUUGGUCACCACAGCCCUCACAAGGCUGGGCCUCACGUUACUGUACAACCAGCACCAACCGAAACUCGGUUACCUGGUACAAUCAGUUCUUAUGACACACAAGAUGUUAACCCUGCAUGUAUGAUCCCAGCACAUUGGGGAAGCAAGGCAUAUAUAUGUAUGAUGAUGUAUCUGUGAUGGUCAGAUUCAGGGAUUCCAGGUAAAUCGGGAACUGACCAUCUCUUGGAUGGGUUGGUAUUUGGAAUAUGUAGAGAUGUUUAUUUGUGCAGGUACCCAUACAGAAGGGGUUCUGUCCCAAACAAAUGGACGAGCACUCUCAGGCUCCAGGUACCAGCACCUCUGAACUACCAGAGACGAUUGAUAUGAGUAGUUGCAUUGCAUAUAGACUGUUGCAUAUAUGUUCAAAUGGUUCAGGGCACAUGACAAACCAUGUGGCCCAAUACAACUUACAAAUAACGUACUCACCAUCUGUACACACCAAUGCAUUUUCAACACUACUGACUCAUCACCCUUCCAGACUUGUAGUAGAUUUACUAAAGCUCUGGAGCUUCAAAGGGCUCCCAUACAGGUAUCAUAACACACCUUCAAGGAAUAUAGCAUGCCCUCACUUACAGUCAGCACAACAAAACCAUUGGCUGAAAACACACUCAUAGCCAAGAUUUGCAGAGUGGUCUUCCAAUCUCCACCAUUUACAGCAUGGCACCAAACACACACAUUGGUAUUGUCACAAGGAAUCUUCCCUUAAACAAAGACUAACCAUAGACUUAUUGGCGCUACCCCAAGUCUCAACUCCCUUCUUACUAUACAACACCAUUGAUCUACCUUUACAGCUAUCACUCAAGCAUGGGUUAAAGCUUGGUUAAGUAAGACCAAUAUCAUCAACGCAGUAAACAGCUACCAUCUACCCUACACACUGGCACUUACAUGGCAUAAAUUGGGCAAUCCUUUCCCUGCUCAACUUUCGAGCUACAGAUUAACCUACUAUCGAUAUUCGCAGAUACUCUGUGCUGGUUAUGAUAACAUAUCCAGAGGCAUUACAGUCAUACACUAUCUAGAAGACUUCUUGUUGCUCAAAGAAAGCAUAUUUUUCACUAGAAGCCUCAUGGCAGCUUAGUCUGGUUGACCACUUGGGCGUCCCAGUACCCCAUAAGAAACAGAAGGCGCAGACACUAUCAUCACAUUACUGGGCAUAUGACUUGAGUCGGCAUCCAUACACGCAAGUUACCACAAGACAAAUAGGGAACAUUCUCAACUAAAUCAAUCACUACCUCCUGCUUAGUACUUACAACUACAAGGAACUACAAUCCCUACCAGGUUCCUUAAUUUUGCCAUGCCAAUCAUACCACAAGACCACGCUUUCACAUCCAGAGUACUUUCCCCUUUUUUCCACACUUCCAACAUGACGAUCAGAGGAGGUGCCUAGACACCUCAGCAACAGCAGACCUGCACAUGGGGGGGGGGGAUUUCUUAACCACUUGGCAUGGUAAAAGCAUGUUCCUCCCAGGAUUGUCUGACACUUCUCCAACCAGAUGGUCAGACGCAGCGUAUACCACGGGUUUGGCAGCAAUCUACAGGGAACAAUUGCUUUGGGGCUGUUGGCCAUGGCAUCCAGGUUUGGAAAUUUUUCCACCACUUCAGCCCCUUUGGGAGAUCUACCCCAUUGUAGCAGCUGCUGUGGCAUGGGGUAAAUCAUGGUCAGGGUCAUCAAUCCGUUGUUACUCAGACAACUAAGCACAUAUCAUAUCAUCAACAAACGCCACUACUCAUCCAUAAGUUCAUGAUGUUUCUGGGGAACUCACUUGGUUGGCCACUUAUCACAUUUCACUUUCAUGUACCAGACGGGGGUAUACAUCCCUGCCGACAACUGUCUCAUUUAUAUUCCAGGCAUGUUCAUCAUACGCUUCCUACAGCCGCCCAUACAGUCACGUCCACUCUUUCGUUCCAGAGACAAAAUCAUAGAUUAGACAUACUCAUGAAGCAUAUCAUGCACUAUCCCACCUAGCACUUUCGUCCCAUACUUGUAGAACGCAUAACACAGCUUUUCACCUGGCUUAAAGAAUCUCAUUGGAACACGACAUAGCUCAACCUGUGUCACAAAAUUUCUCCUAAGUUUUGCUUAUUUUUGCCACCUUAAACUUAAACUAUCUCAUACACCAUUAUUUAUAUAUUUUACAGGCAUUCAACAACACAUGAUAACCUAUGGCCAAAACUACCAUAAACUUCAUGCUAUCAUACCAGAAAAGAAUAUACUCAGAGGUUUUCAGGAAUCCGUUCCCCCACGUUCCUCUCAGAGAUUACCAAUAGCCAUCCAACUGUUCAUCCUUAUCGGACCUAUUAGAUCUACAACCAUUCAAUUAUACUACCAAGUCGGCCAUUAACAGCCAUGCACAUUGCCUUUUAUGCCUUUCUCAGGCCAGAGAAUCCACUACCAUCACCACCACUCAGACAGAUCAUUGUCUUCAACGAUCCCACGUACGUAAACACAUAUAUCAUUACCUAUUGGCUCUACCACAUUCCAAAAUGAGUCAACAUGCACCAACAGUAGAGAUAACAUACUAUCCUACCCACAACAAAUGGUGCCCACUUUCGGUCCUAGAUUCCUACCUUCAAAAUCCUUUCAGGAAUUAAAUACUGUAAUGCAUUUAAGGAAAUGUAUGGUUAAUUUGUAUAUAUUUGUUGACUGUAUUAAAUCUUUGAUUAUUAAUUUUUGCCCUCUUUAUUUACAGGCCUACCGUAUCGUCGGUAUCGGCACACCACAACCGACUUGCUCCCUUUACACUAUCCUAAGCUUAUGCUGGAUCCUUACUCCAUAUACGGCUAUUUUGCCCCUUACACAAGUAUUAAGGCAGUUUUGCCUGUAUUUGUGGGAGGGGCUUAAAUUAAUUCACUCCCCUAUAUAAGGGACACCCCUUACCUGACUCAUAUCGCUUGAGGUCAGCAUCAGAAUGACCCUCCCACCCACUCCUCAUUUCAACACUUUCUCUUUUCUUUCCAUUUACUUUACUUUCUUACUCCUUGGUGGGCCCUCUUUAUUUACAGGCCUACCGUAUCGUCGGUAUCGGCACACCACAACCGACUUGCUCCCUUUACACUAUCCUAAGCUUAUGCUGGAUCCUUACUCCAUAUAUGGCUAUUUUGCCCCUUACACAAAUAUAUAUAUAUAUAUAUAUAUAUAUAUAUAUAUGUUAUAACACAGCUCUGUUUUUAUCAUUUCUAGCACAACCUGUAUCCCCCCUGUUUAAUAACAAAGUAUGCAACUAAAAUGUCAUUUAGAACAAGAAGAAUGUAUCUUUACACAGACUGAUUUCUAAACCCGUCUUUUGAACACGUCUUGUAGUAUUAUUACUGUGGAGCGCUGUUAUAUACUCAGACACACUAACAAUAUGGAGAACCAAGAAAAGAGGGACAUAAGGAUAUAGAAGUGUGACAGAGGGAUUUGGAUUAAAAAAUAAGUUUUAUAUCAAUGAUUUGCUGCAUGCCUCUAUCAUACUGUAUGCACUCGCUGUCCAUUCUGUUAAUUAAGUUAAAUUAGCUGUCAAUACUUGACUGGUAAUUAAUGGUUCUCCUCUAGGGUCCCAUUUGUUGAGUGUUAUUAUUAUCCCCUUAAGUACGGCGGGCGUGCUAUGCCAUCCUUGGGGACCCAGCUCUAAAUGCAGGCGGGUGGCAUAGCACGUCCCCGCUGUCCUGUGUACUUACCCGCUCGCCGGCGAUCCCGCGCCGGCGAUCGCAGUGGGAGGACUUACCUGCCAUGCCAGGGAGUCCCCCUCCUGCCGUUCCAGCCCUCCUGGGCCAUGUGAUCGCGAGGUCCUUGCGAGGACCUCACGAUCAGAUGGACGGCUUAGCCGUCCACAACAGUGCCAGCAGGGGGAGUGCCUGUAAUGACAGGUAGUCCCCCUGCUGCCUGUAAUAAAGUAAAAUAAAAGUUUUAAAAACAGUUUAAAAUAAAAUAUAUACUUAGAUCAUAUAUAUAUGAUCUAAGUAUAUAUACACUUACACAUACAUACACAUACACUGUCUAUGUGUAUUUUAAUAUUAAUAUAUAUAUUAAUAUCAAAAUACACGUAGAAUGAUAUUGAUUAAAUAUAUAUAAUUAUAAUUAUAUAUAUAUAUAUAUUUAUUUAUUUAUAUAUAAUGUAAAAUAAAUACAUCUGUAAAUACGUUAAAAAAUUAAAAUGAAAAAAAUAAUAAAUAAUAAAUAAUUAACCCCUUAAGGACCGGACUGUUUUUGCGAUGUUGUACAUUUGCGACCUGGCCUCUUUUUACACUUUUGUGGUGUUUGUGUCUAGCUGUAAUUUUCCGCUCUCAUUUACUGUUCCCAUACAAAUUAUUAUUAUUUUUUUUCAGGACAAAAAGGGCUUUUUUUACAUACCAUUAUUUAUAUAAUCUCAUGUAAUUUAAUUUAAAAAAAAUAUGAUGAAAAAUUUGAAAAAAGAUAAAAAAUUUACUUUUACUUGAAAAAUCUUUUACUCAUCUACAAAAGCUAAUGAAAAAAACUGCUAAAUAGAUUCUACAUCUUGUCCUGAGUUUAAAAAUACCCAGUGUUUACCUGCUUUUUUGCUUUUGUUUGCAAGUUAUAGGGCUAUAAGUACAAGUAGGAUAUUGCGGUUUCAAAACAUACAUUUUUAAAAUGUAUCAAUAGUGACAUUGUAACACUAUUAUCUGUCAUAAAUCUCUGAAUAACACUCCACAUGUACAUAUAUAUUUUUUUAAAGUAGACAACCCAGGGUAUUCAAUAUGGGGUAUGUCCAGUCUUUUUUAGUAUCCACUUAGUCACAAACACUGGCCAAAGUUAGCGUUCAUAUUUGUUUGUGUGUGAAAAAAGUAAAAAACUAAAUUGAACGCUAAUUUUGUCCAGUGUUUGUGACUAAGUGGCUACUAAAAAAGACUGGACAUACCCCAUUUGCAAUACCUUGGGUUGUCUUCUUUUGCAAAUGGUAUGCCAUCAUGGGGGUAAUUCUCAUUCCUGGGCUACCAUGCGCAAUUUUCAAUGUAAAAAUAUUUGACCCCAUAUAUUUGACCCUGUAACUUUCACUGACAAUAUCAUCGCUAUGAUAUGUUUUUACUGUUUUGAAUCACUAAUUUUUGUGUUCAGCGAAGUCUCCCGAGUAAAACAGUACCCCCCAUGUACAGGUUUUAGGGUGUCAUAGAAAGUUAUGGGGUAAAAUACAGUGCUAGCAAAAUAAAUUCUCUGGACUUUCAGCCUGGGUUGUCAGGCAGGUCCCUCAAAUUGCAAUCAAUAAAAUUACUUAAUUAUGUAAAAAUAUUACAUAAAUAUGCACGUAGAAUUUAAAUAUAUAUGCAUAUUUAUAUAUUUGAAGUCUACGUGUAUAUUUAUAAUUAUUUAUGUAAUUUUGUUUAUGGAUAUAUGUAUAUUUCGUAUUAUUUUUAUUUAUUUAUAUAUACAUAGAUAUAUAUACACAAUUUUAUUCUAAGUGUAUUUUGAUAUAAAUAUAUAUAUAUAUAUAUAUAUUAAUAUCAAAAUACAGUUAGAAUAAAAUUUCAUAUAGAUAUAUAAUUUUUUUUAAAGUUUUAUUAUUUUUACAUUUUUUAAUUUAAUUUAAUUUAAUUUACUUAUUAUUUGUAUUUUAUAAUAAUAUAUAUACAAUAUAUAUAGUUAUUAUAUAUAUUAUAAUAUAUACAUGUGUUAAUUAUAAGUGUAUUUUUAUAUUAAUAUAUGUAUAUAUUAAUAUAAAAAUACACUUAGUAUGACAUUAUAUAUAUAUGAUAUAGAGACAUAUAUUAUAUAGAUAUAAUAUAUGUCUCUAUAUCAUAUAUAUAUAUAUAUAUAUAUAUAUAUAUAUAUAUACAUAUAUAUAUAUAUAUAUAUAUAAUUCUAUUCUUUUAUUAACAUGUACCUUUAAUUUUUUAUUUUUUAUUUUACACUUGCAAGGAGACUGCCUGCCAUGUGAUCACUCUGUUGAGCGAUCACAUAACCCCAGGGGUCCUAAUCCGCCAUUGGGAGACUGCCUGGGCUCAUAGGCGUGCACAGCCUAUUGUAUUAGGGUGUGAACCCUAAAGCAAAAACACACACACAUACAUACACUGCUGUGUGUGUGUGUGUGUGUGUGUGUGUGUGCUGCAUGAGGGUGGUUUGAGGCUGUUGUGUGUGUAAGGGUGCUGUGUGUGUGUGUUUGUGUAAGUGUGCUGUGUGUGAGGGUGCUGUUAGUGUGAUGUGUGUGUGAGGGUGCUCUUUGUGUGCUGUGUGUGUGUGAGGGUGUUUGUGUGUGUGUGUGUGUGUGUGUGUGUGUAUAUUUGUUUGUUAGGGUCCUGUUAGUGUGCUGUGUGUGUGUGAGGGUGCUGUGAGUGCGUUUGUGAGGGUGCUGUUUCUGUGCUGUGUGUGAGAGGGUGCUGUGUGUGAGAGGGUGCUGUGUGUGUGUGGGUGCUGUAUGUGCGAGGGUGCUGUAUGUGCGAGGGUGCUGUAUGUGCGAGGGUGCUGUAUGUGCGAGGGUGCUGUAUGUGCGAGGGUGCUGUAUGUGUGUGGGUGCUGUAUGUGUGUGUGUGAUGUAUGUGUGUGAGGGUGCUGUGUGUGUGUGCUGUAUGUGUGUGUGUGCUGUGUGUGUGGGUGCUGUAUGUGUGUGCUGGAAGGGGGUGCUGUGUGUGGGUGCUGUAUGUGUGUGUGUGUGUGUGGUGUGUGCUGUGUGUGUGUGUGGGUGCUGUAUGUGUGUGUGUGCUGUAUGUGUGUGCUGUAUGUGUGUGAGGGUGCUGUAUGUGUGUGCUGUAUGUGUGUGGGUGCUGUAUGUGUGUCCUUUGUGUGUGUGUGUUCGGUAUGUGUGUGUGUGCUGUAUGUGUGUGUGGGUGCUGUAUGUGUGUGGGUGCUGUAUGUGUGUGAGAGUGAUGUGUGUGUGUGUGUCUGUGUGUAUGUGUGUGCUGUAUGUGUGUAGGUGCUGUGUGUGUGGGUGUGUGUGCUGUAUGUGUGUGUGGGUGCUGUGUGUCUGUGUGUGCUGUAUGUGUGUAAGUGCUGUGUGGGUGCUGUGUGUGUGGGUUUGUGUGCUGUAUGUGUGUGGGUGAUUGUGGGGGUGGAGGUGGUGUGUUUGGGGGUGCUGUAUGUGUGUGGGUGCUGUAUGUGCGAGGGUGCUGUGUGUGUGUGGGUGCUGUAUGUGUGAAGGUGCUGUAUGUGUGUGCUGUUUGUGUGUGUACUGUAUGUGUGUGUGCUGUGUGUGUGUGGUGUACAUGUGAGGGUGCUGUAUGUGUGUGGGUGCUGUAUGUGUGUGUGCUUUGUGUGGGUGGGUGCUGUAUGUGUGUGCUGUGUGUGCUGUAUGUGUGUAGGUGCUGUGGGUGUGUGUGUGCUGUAUGUGUGUGGGUGAUUGUGGGGGUGGAGGUGGGGGUACAUUACUUAAUAUCCCCCCUCCCUUCUUAACUUAUGUAGGGAGGGGCGAUUCUUGUUCCUGCUGCUUUCCCUGGUGGUCCAGUGGAGAGUGAACUCUUGCCCCUGUGUGUGUGUGGUGUAUGUGUGUGAGGGUGCUGUAUGUGUGUGUGAUGUGUGUGUGUAGGUGCUGUGUGGGUGCUGUGUGUGUGGGUGUGUGUGUGCUGUAUGUAUGUGGGUGAUUGUGGGGGGUGGAGGUGGUGGUACAUUACUUAAUAUCCCCCCUCCCUUCUUACCUUAUGUAGGGAGGGGGGAUUCUUGUUCCCGCUGCUUUCCCUGGUGGUCCAGUAGAGAGUGAACUCUUGCCCCUGUGUGGGGCUAGAGUUCACUCUCGCGAGAUCUGAGCGUUGCCGCGGCAACGCUCCGACCUCGCGAGAGGAACCCGCAGAGUUGCUGGUUGAGCUCCCCGGGUCCUCUCCUGCCUCCCUCCAUGCUGCAGUGGGGAGGGAGGCUGAGAGCAGGAUAGCGUCAGCUAGCAUGAGCCGACAGGGGAGAUCCUGAGAUCUCCCCUGCCGGUCUCAAUACAUAGGCGUGCCGCGGGGAUUAGGGGGUGACCAGGCACACCCGGCACACCCCGUGCGCAUGCCUAUGCCUGGGCUGCAGGCAGUCUCCCCACACCGGGAACGACGGCGAUUGGGUAAGUACAUCUGACCGUUGUGACGGUUCAGGACCGUCAGCGGUCGGCAACGCAAAAAUGCCGAUGAUGGUCCUGAACCGUCACCUGCCAUUAAGGGGGUUAAAAAAAUAUGUAUGUGUAAUUUUGUUCUAAUUGUAUUUUGAUAUUAAUAUAUAUAUAUAUAUAUAUAUAUAUAUUUGAUAUAUAUAUUAAUAUCAAAAUACAUGUAGAACGAAAUAAUAUAUAUAUCUAUAUACAUAAGUAUAUACGUAUAAAUCACCAUAUAUAUACCUAUAUAUAAAAAAAUUUUAAAAAUACAAAAUUAUAUAUAUACAUAUAUAUAUAUAUAUAAAAAUGCAUACGUAUAUAUAUAAUAAUUCUACGUAUAUAUUUAUGUCAUAUUUUACAUAAUUAGGUCUUUUUUUUUUUUUAUUACAAAUUGCGGGACAUGCCUGACAACCCAGGCCGAAUGUCCAGGGAAUUAAUUUUCCAGCACUAUAUUUAACCCUGUAACUUUCCAAGACAGUAUAAAAUCUGUACAUGGGGGUUACUGUUUUACUCAGAAGACUUCGCUGAACACAAAUAUUUGUAUUUCAAAACAGUAAAAUGUAUUGCAACGAUGUUAUAGUCAGUGAAAGUGACAUUUGUUGCAUUUUUCACACACAAAUGGCACUUACACUGACGAUAUUAUUGUUGUGAUACGUUUUACUGUUUUGAAACACUAAUAUUUGUGUUCAGCAAAGUCUCCUGAGUAUAACAGUACCCCCAUGUACAGGUUUUAUGGUGUUUUCAAAAGUUACAGUGUCAAAUUUAAGGCUUGCGUUUCAGUUUUUUCACAUUGAAAUUUGCCAGAUUAGUUACGUUGCCUUUGAGAGCGUAUGGUAGCCCAGGAAUGAAAAUUACCCCCAUGAUGGCAUACCAUUUGCAAUAGUAGACAACCCAGGGUAUUGCAAAUGGGGUAUGUCCAGUCUUUUUUAGAAGCCACUUAGUCACAAACACUGGCCAAAAUUGGCGGUUAAAUUUGUUUUUUGCAUUUUUCACACACAAACAAAUAUUAACACUAACUUUGGCCAGUGUUUGUGACCAAGUGGCUACUUAAAAAGACUGGACAUACCCCAUUUGAAAUACCUCGGGUUGUCUACUUUUGCAAAUGGUAUCCCAUCAUGGGGGUAUGCUAUAUUUGACCCUUUAACUUCCCAAAACACCAUAAAACCUGUACAUAGGGGGUACUGUUUUACACGUGAGACAUCACUGAAUACAAAUAAGUGUAUUUUUUGCAGUAAAAGCAAACAGUAUUAUGACACUCACAGUUAAAAUGUCACAUAGAACUAAAAAAAUUUAAAAAUUCUUAUUUUCUCCCAUUUUUUAAAUAUUUUUUCAUAUUAAAUUAUGUUUCAUAUCUAAAUAUUUGAUGUUAAAUGAAAGCCCUGUUUCACCUGAAUAAAAUGAUAUAUAAUAAGUGUGGGUGCACUUAAUAUGAAAGAGGUGAAUUACGGUUGAACAGACUUAUAGUCAAAUUCCAGAUUUUGUUUACGUUUUGUUUUGAUCACAACAUGUACAUUUAGCUCAGUCCUUAAGGGAUUAAAGAGUUAAACCUGUUCUGUUCUGUUUAAUAAAAAGCAGACAUAUUCCUGAACUGACUCCCUUGUAUGUCUUUCAAAACCUUUCAAUGGAGUGUCUCCCAGUACUGGAAGGUGUGGCUCAGUCUGGAUAGAACUGUAAGACCAUGGCAGGUAAUUCUGGUGAUCACCAAAGGUUGGAGUAUGUUCCAACAACAGUGAUGGAGAACAAAUAGAGAUGGUGUUACAACAACCCAGUGGUUUGAUUAAAAAAAACAGUGCUCUUUCUCUAUUCAAACGCAACUUUGGAUGCUGGGAAAACUUGUUUCUUGUCAGCUGCUCGAAAUAUGACAAUGUCACCAUACUUGCACACUGUACGCUGAAAACACUUUUUUUUCAAGCCAAGUUACAGUUUUAUAAUGUACUGUUAAGGAGGGCAUGAGACAUUUCCACAGAAACUCCAUAUAGGGCACAUACAGUAACAUAAUUAGCAGUGCAGGGGAAUUUAACCCAAACCAUAAUGUAAUUCUAGUUUAGGACUAUACGCAAUUUGUCCCUGUGCCCUGAGCAUCAGUGAAUGUUUUGUAAGUCAGGAAAAUGAUAUGCGUGUUAUUACAAUGAAUAGAUUCUGUGACCUUGACAAUACAGCUGGAGCAAUGCAAAACAUAGUAACACAACAAAAAUGCUAUUAAACAUUAAUUACAGUCCUUGCAUUCUUAACUUAUGCUUUUAAGUCCACUACAAGUAGAGAGGGCGUAUUAAAGGGACAUUCACAGCACCAUAAUAACUUUAUGUCAAUUAAGAAAGAAUGCCUGGUCACCGUCUCAAAUCUCGCGAUAGAGAGGAAUCACGACUUGGAUAAAACAAAAUGUAGAAGUCUAGCGGUUAAAAGGGCAUCCCUGGUCACAGGGUUAAAAAAGAGAAUGUUGUAUUAUCAGCUUAUCUGUGUUUUCUAGUGGGCUCCACAGCUUUUGACAUUUUUGUUAACUUUACUACCUCUUAUUGAAAAGACAAAAAAAAAAGUAUUUGCUGCUCUCACAUGUAACAGUGACAGAGUUAAUUUUCAAAGUUGGGCUAGGCAGAAAGGUUAGACCAAGCAAGCGCCGGAUGGCUUGAUUAGACAUGUUUUUAGAGCUAUCGAACUCUCCCCUAGCUCAGAACAGGCUGGAGUGCCACUAUACUGUUAUUUAUGUUUAUUUGGUAGACAAGAUUUGAAUUCUCUGAGUUUUUGAUUUUUUUGUGAUUAGGUUGUAUGACCUACAUAUCAUGCUGUAGUAAAACAAUGUCAUAUGUACUUGGCCUUUUUAACGCUGCAAGUGGCAUGAGAAAUAAAAAAUGUCUUGUCACAAGUUUGGUACUCAAAACAUUUGAUGAAAUUGCAUUACCUCAUUGUACCCAAAAAAAAAACAACAGUCUAGUAUACAACAAUAAAAGCUAACCGGUGGCUUUCAGGUACAUCAUGCAAGUCUGAGCAUAGUUUAACAAUCUAUUUGAAAGAUCAUUAAAAUAGAGGCUCUUGUGUAGGACUAGGAAAAUGUGUUGUGGAGCUUCAAUCUUAUUUGACCAGUAUCUCUACCCAAUGAACAUUUACACAGCGACGGGAAUGUAAAAUGCAAUGAAAACACCUGGACACUCCCAGUUCUUAUUACUGCAUCAUUCAUAUAUUUUCCCAUAUUCUGCAGAUGCUAGAGAAAAGUCCUCAAACAAGUGCAGCGCAUGUGCAUCAUUGGACUCGUAAGUGCUGAGUGAAAUUAACUCUACUCAUAAAGACAGAGCUUCAAUAGAACUCUGAGCAUCAGUAACCCACAAGUGGGCUGGCAAAAGGCUGCAUCAGGUUGGCAUCGGUCUGUUAGGUCUCUUUUGGAAAAGACUACAGCCACAGUAUCACAUAUUUAUGUACAUAUUUCAAAGCUAUAAUAGAUUGGCUUUCGUCAAUUACUUUAAAAUCACUGAAAUAUUACAAAUAAUAUAUAGCUCAUGUGGUCACUGUAAUAUACAGUACUUUCCCUUCUUAGUAAAAUCAUGUAUAAAGUCCACAUACCACCAUACAUAAACAGUGAACAUAGACAUUCAGAACACAUAAAGCUGUUCAUGGUAGUGUUCUUUAUACCGAUAGAUUAGUAACACAUGGCUAGCCGUUUGGUAUUUUUAUGGAUAAUGUGCAAGCAGUAACCAUUCUGUAACAUUUAACUGGAUGAUAUACUUUAUUCCCAUGCAAGUAACUAAUGUGUCAAGAUGGAAUCUGUGUUUAAUAAGUCUUUUUGUACAGUGCGAGCAAUAGCAAAAGGAUAUCAUUUGGCAGAAGUAAUGCAAGAAGCUGAUUUCAGAAUUAUCUUAUUCGAAUGAGCAGCUUGCCUCCUGGGAUCUAGUCCUCAGAAUUUUAAAGACUUUAAAAACAUUAGUUGAAUUGAGCUUCUCGUUAGAUUGGAGGCAAAAUUUCUCAUUAAUUGACAUCAGACAUCCGAGGCAGGGGUUAGCCAGAUUAUCAAAUAUUUACACUGCUCCCAUGGGAAUUAACUUUUGUAAUGCAGCCUUCAUAGAUAUUACAAGUGGCAUGCGUAUUUCUAGGCUUCAAGGUGUUUACAUAUACAACGCAAAACUAUUAUAAAGCAAAACUCGCUUCCCUCCUCCGUUAGAUGCUCACCCAGUCUCCACUCCUUCAAAAAAUCGUUAAAAACCCACUUCUUCAUAAAAGCGUAUCAAUUAAACUGUUAAAAGCUCCUGACUGAUUCCUCUUCUGCAACUGUCACUAGUCUAAUACUAUCCUUACCUUUUUGUGUCAUCUUACCCCACUCCCUCUAGCAUGUAAGCUCAUUGAGCAGAGCCCUCAACCCCUCUGUUCCUGUAUUUCCAACUUGUCUGUUUGUCCACCCAUUGUAAAGAGCGGAAUUUGAUGGCGCUAUAUAAAUACCAUAAUAAUAAUAAUAAUAAUAAAGGGAUACAAUUAAGGGGGAAAGUUUUUUGGCGCAAUAAAAUGUCAGACAUUUAAAGGCUGUACAACAUUGUCAAACCAUGUUUUUUCUUAUUUUUAGAUAAAUUAUAAUUCUGUUGCUAGAUCACCUACUUAAUGAAGAAUACACUGUAAAUUAACCUUAUACUCAACAAUUCCCAAACUUCAUCAUUUUCCCAUGUGUGCAAUGUAUUCUUUAAUAUUACUUCCACCGCCUCCAUUUCAACACUGGUCCUCAGCCAAUGGAGAACCAAGAUUCUUCACGAGAGCUUUAAUAAUAAUGGAUAUAGUAGGUUGGCUUUCAAGAUGUAUAAGGGGUAUGAUAACAUACAUACCUCCCAGGUGUCCCUAUUUAGGAAAGUCAGGGCUGUCUUAACACAUGGGCACCCCGGGCAGUUAUCUGGGGGGGCCCACAAGCCUAGAGGACCCACAAGCGUAGGGGCCUCAUACACUUGUCAACUGCUUAGUAUACUAUUUAAGGAGAUUUUUUUAGAAAAUUCAAUCCCUCUUUAUUAAAACGUUUAGGUGGACUUAUCACCUCAGAAUCAACUGGUAUCUGUAUAUGCGAUAUUGCUGUUGUGAAUACAUAUCUUCACGUACAAAUUGUACAUAAGCAAGACAAAAUCAACACACUUAAUUAUUUGAAGCUGUAAAGUCAUAAUAAAUUUCUUCUAAUAUUUUUAACAAUCCAUGUCAAUUGACAACCCCUGCAACCUUCUAAACGUUUGUGUGGCUUAAGCUCUGCUGUAUUGCAUGUUUUUAAUGUUUAAACAUUGAUUUUAUUAAAGGUACCAAUAAAUAUAAGUUUAAUUUUAUUGAUAUUUUACAUUUUCAUUACUGUGAGUAGUAUUGUUGGCACGGCCCCUUUUGCACUGCUUUGCCUGGGGGCCGAUAAUGCUGUUAAGACAUUACUGGGGACAGUCCCACUUUUGGGCCUAAAUCCCUCUGUCCCUCUUUUUACCCUAAUGUCCCUAUUUUCUAGUAACUCCAUAUUGUUGUUGGUGUGUCUGAUUGUAUAACAGAGGUCCACAGCAUUAAUACACCCAAUAAUUUGUCUUUAAACUACAAGAAAUAUGUCCAGAAAUUAGUCUGUGUAAAUAAGAUACAUUGUUCUUGUUCUAAAUGACAUUAAUUAAUGCAUAAAUUGUUAUAAAUAAGUCACCUAAAAUCUCUCAGAACAGCCGCGCCCCUGGUGACAUCCCCUCUCACACCCUUAAAAUUGAAGUGUCCUUCUUUGUCCAUUUGUCAUAAGUACACCCAUUGGUCUGUAACAGUUUUUGAGUGGUUGUUGGCUUUCAAUUAGUCCUCUUCGCUCAUUAGUAUAAUUUUUUAGGAGCCAUCUUUGGACAAAUGGAGCAAAACUUUAUCCUAUUUAAAAACACUUCUAAAAAAAUAUAUUUAUUCUUGAGCAUUCAAGCACCUAUUUUUAAGUGUCUGUGCUGAACAAAACAUUGAUUUUACUCUCCGAUCUCUGCGAGAGAAAGGUCUAUUCACUAAAGGUUGUGUUGUGUGAGAUUGACAAGUGAAUGGCACUAAAUAGCCAAGAAUGUUUGCAGCUUGACUUUGCUAAAUGCAGCUCAGUUGACAUAGAAACACAGAUUUGAUGGGAAAUAAAUUAAAUUGCACUACCAGAUACCUGACUGUUCAUAAAAUACAGCAUGGGCUUUACUGUGGAUUUUGUGUCUUGUUUAAUAUAGCUUUUUUAUUCACACUCUGAAUAAAAUUCACCAUAAAACAGAAACGAAUGAACUACUACCAAAUCUGAGGUGUUGCUGGUGGGCCUGGGGUUCUGAUAUCCCCAGAUCUUAAUUUGGAAUCAAUUCAUUCCUCCAUGACAGUGACACUGCAAUGUACAGAUUUGAUGGGAAAUAAAUUAAAUUGCACUACCAGGUACCUGACUGUUCAUAUAAUACAGCAUGGGCUUUACUGUGGAUUUUGUGUCUUGUUUAAUAUAGCUUUUUUAUUCACACUCUGAAUAAAAUUCACCACAAAACAGAAAUGAAUGAACUACUACCAAAUCUGAGGUGUUGCUGGCGGGCCUGGGGUUCUGAAAUCCCCAGAUCUUAGUUUGGAAUCAAUUCAUUCCUCCAUGACAGUGACACUGCAAUGUAACGUGGUGCAGUUUCUCUGUCCCCCUUGGUCCUUCAAUAUAAAACACUGCGGUUUCAGAAAAACUGCAAUGUUUAUUUUGCAGUACUAAGACUGCCUCUGUUUUCUGUCUACCUGACAUCCACUAGAGGCUCUUUCUGGAGUUUGUGUCUAUGAAACUAUGCUGGAUGUCCUCAUGCUCUGCAUGACCACGUCCAGCAUCAGAGAAAACCCCAUAGGAAAGUAUUGAAGCAAUGCUUUUCUAUGGGGAAGGCCUAGGUUUUCCCCCCAUCAGAUGAUGUAGGAGGAGGCGGACCUUGACCCAGCACCAUGAGAACUAGUUCAGGGCUGAGAGUGUCGGCCAUUCACCACUAGGCAUAUCCCAUUAAAGAGAGCUUCUGGCUUUUACUGAGCAGUUGGGUAGGCGGAGAACGGCACCUCUUUUACUGCUUGCAAUGGGCAGUGCCAGGAGACUUCUGGUACCAUAAGCACUACAGCUCACUAUACUGGUUAUGGAGCUUCGAGUGUUCCUGUGGGGUCCCCAUGGAUAAUUUUGAUGAUGAUGUAAUAGUCAAGGCAUGUACUUAAUCAUAAACUGACAUACAUCAACUGAACAUUACACAAUUUCUACCUCUAUAUAUAAUUGAUUAUUUGAUGGGCAAGUCAAAUUCUCACUACAUGAUUAGUCUGGGUAUUGUGAAAUAUAUCCUACUUAUUAAUAUAUCCACCUAAUAUUGUAAAUAUAAAAGUAUUGCCUCCACUAGCGGCUUACAAUAAUGAAACAUGCCCUUUUUACUCACAUUACACUAGUUUUUUUGUUACCCAUCCCCCCACCCAUCAGAGUCCCCACCAAUCUUUGUCCCCAGCAUUCCCUUCCACCAGUCACUUUCCUUCUGCCACACUACCAGCUCCUCUCUGCUGGCUUCCCUACCAUUUUUAGUUCUCUCCAUGUCUCCCUACCUCUCUGCACCAAUCUGUGUUCACUUUGCUUCAAUGGCCUCUCUUCUUCUGUCUGUCCAGUGUCUUUUCCCCAGUUUUUUCCUACCUUCUUCUAUGUGCAUUUGUAGUGAAGUGUCACAUUUAGGCAUCCAACUAUUUAACUUCAUGUUAAUAUAGACAAGAAAAUAUAUUGAUAUUUCUGAAAUAUAUUUAUUAGAAGUGAUGAUCUAAAUGGGUGCAAGCUGUGUGUGUCUUCUGUCAGUAGACUGUUCUCUCUCCGGUCCUGAGAGGCUUGAGUGAAUCAGAGUGCUGUCUCGGAUGUGAUGUCAUAACUUAACAUGUGCAACCGGUCUCUUAGCAAUCGCAAGCACCUAAUCUGACGGAAUAGUGCGUGUAGUGCAUUGCUCUUGGUCAGCCAUGUUGGGGGCAGUCAGAGGAGUGUGUUGCAGAUGCUGUUCUCCAGUUAAAGUGGCCUCUUGUGUAGUAGGGCAGUGCCCAGUGUCCUUAUACAGCAAUAUGUUGCCAGACAUGCAUUUAUUUCUUCACCAUUGCUCUCGCUUGCUGACUACCAACAGGAGCUCCGUCAAUGUGAUAAAAAAAAAAAUUAAAACACAUAUUUGUAGUGUGAACCUGUUUUAGGGACAUAGUCGUGAACUAUGGGUCAGCAGGUCCUAUUUAUGUCAAAUUUAAUGACAGCAUUAAAUGAAACUCAGGUAACUAUGAAGCCAAGAGAAUAAAACAUGUUGAGGGUGUAUAACAGUAUUUAAUUUAAAUGGUUUAGUGUUUCCCAGAAGAAACAAUGGACUAAACAUGUAUUUUUUCAUUAGUAUAAUAAAAAUUUAAGUGAUAGAACAAUUUGCAUUGCGUGAUUGUCUCUUAACAAUAAGGUAUGUGCCAUAUACAAAGCACUUGUAGGUGUCAGGUUGUGUGCUUGUAUUUAGCAGCUGGCUUGUGGACAAAUGUAGAAGAUUCCUGACAUUUUUUCCUCCUGAUACCAAAGUUACAUAUGAAUGGAGACCACCCAAUAUGUUCUCUAGUUCUCGUUCUGCUGUAAGCAGCAGGCUGGCUCAGACGGUACAGAGAGGGAAGCUAUUAAAAAAUGCAGGGCUAUUAUAUACCUAGGGUUGGAUCAACAGUAAAUCCAGUCCCAACCCUUUUAAUUAAGCUGUACACGGUCAAUGAAAUCAUGUUACGCUGUAAAAUAUAAUCUGGGCACCUAGCAAAUAUGUACAGGGUUAUCCUUUCAUCACACACAGCGUGCACGUCACAGGCUACAAUCUAGCAAUGCUCGUCACCAUACGGGCAAGCAGGUGCUUUGUACAGGUGAACAAAGGGAUAUGUUGCCACACAGAAGGGUGGAGAGGAUUUGGCACACUCCCAGUACGAAUAAUUGUAAAUAUCUGUAGAUAGGACUUGGACAAACAAAAACAAAUAUAUGAACUUUGUUUCUAUUAGAAAACAUUACCAACACAAAGAUCUUCUUGUGAUGCUGAGAAUAAAGACACCGGGGCUGCUUUUAAAAGUAUGCGAUGAAUGGCUCUGGCAAAGGCUGCGUUAGUUCCAAUUUUUGCAGGAUUUAAAGGAGCACUCUGAGUAACAUAACCACUACAGUCUGUUGUAGUUGUUAUGGUACAAUGAAUCUUUGUUCCCUCAGUUCCGUCUCAAACUGUUUUCAAAUGUUUUGACAAAAACAGGGGCUCACCAGUCGCCUGCAGGGCAGCCACUCACUUGCUACAGAACUGAGUGUUGACUGACGGUGUUCUAUAUACCACCACUAUUGCGAUUAUGCAAAGGUGGGCUAGUGCUAAUGUCCUGAAUAUUUAGAUUUUUUUUGAAUGUUAUUCAUGACAUAAACUAAAUCUUAACUCUGCAUAGACAAGCUAAGUGGAUGGAAAUUUUCAGGUUUAUUCUCUGCCAAUUAUUGGCAAUUUAAAUAUAUUUCAAAGUGAAUUUCAAUUUCAAUUUAGCUGACUUGGACAAUUUUAGCCUAAUACGUGGUGUUCAUUUUGAAUUAUCUGUGAAAUCUGGACAAUUUACACUUUAGUGAAUAAUACUAACACACUUGAAAUUUUUUUCAUAUGGGUGACUACAAAUGGAAAUAUUUAUGCGUUUCGGUCCGAAUUAAAAUUUGGACGAAUUUCGGGUAAUUUGGACAUUCGACUGCUUCCGAAUGUCCGAAUAGCUGAAUUGCCGAAUUGCCGAAGUCCCGGAGUGCCAAAAUUACUGAAUUUCCGAAGUGUAGUAGUGCCGAAGUGCCGAAUUGCUGAAAUGCCGAAGUUCCGAGGUGUCAAAGUGCCGAAGUUCCGAAGCACAGUAUUGCCUAAGUACUAAUAUACUUACCCAGUGAAAGAAGAAGAAUGUUACACUGUAUACAAUUUCAAAUAAAAAGUAUACAAACAUAGACAGGAUUCAGCUGUAAGCAUUUGCAACACUUACAACAAUCAAGUAACAUACAUUCAUAUAAAAUGUAAGUUACUUAGCCAGUCAAUGUAAUGACAGGAAUGAAUAAGUAGAUAACUCCCUAAUUCCCAUAGUAUUAGGGAGCUAUCUACUAAAAGGCUGAAAGACCUAAAUUGGUCUUUCAGACAAAUUUACCAAUACUAAGUAAAGAUGACUUAGUAUUAGUAAAUUAUGCCCCUACUCGCUAUACCACCUGUGGCUGCUCACUGUAAAAAAAAAAGGUCCCCCCUCCUAUUGGCCCCCAGCCCCCACCCCUGAGCAGGGGGUAGAGGCCCUAAAGUAAAAAAAGGGGCGAGGACCUAUUGUCCUCCCCACCGGCACCCACCCCUGAGCGGUGGGUGGGGGGCCCUAAAUAAAAUUUGGGGGGGACCUAAUCUCCUCCUUCCUGGCCCCCACCCCUGAAUGGUGGGUGGGGGCCCUAAACAAGAAUAAGGGGGAGGACCUAAUGUCCUCAUCCCUGGCCCCCACCCCUGAGUGGUGGGUGGGGGCCCUAAAUACAAAUUGCGGGUGGGACCUAAUGUCCUCCCCUCUGGCCCCCACCCCUGAGCGGUGAGUGGGGGCCCUAAAGAAGAAUAGGGGGGGGACCUAAUGUCCUGCCCCUUGCCCCCUCCCCUGAGCAGUGCGUGGGGGCCCUAAAAGAAAAUGUAACCCCCCCUCCCCCCAGGUGACUAGGGGUCCCCAAACCCCUAGUUACCCCCUCCCCAAAAAAAUAAUGAUGGGGGACCUUUAACUAAAUACCUGUAAAAAUAAAAAUAAACUUACCAUUUGAUGUUUUCUUUCUUCUAAAAUCUUAUUUUUUCAGCCCAAAAAAAAGGCGUCAAAUUACACAGCGUGGGAAAAUUCCAAAGAACUUUCCCACGCUAUGUAAAAUGACACAGAGCACUCUGAUUGGUGGAUUUCAAACCAACCAAUCAGAGUGCUGUGACAGGUAAAUGUAGAGACUUACCUGUCAGUCUCUUCAUUUACCUGUCAGAGCACUCUGAUUGGAUGGCUUAAACCCACCAAUCAGAGUGCUCUGAGCUUUAUUGCAGGGCAGGGAAAGGCUUUAUAAGCUUUCCCCCGCCCUGCAGUGUUCAAUCUGCGCCGAGCCCUCCAUGGGUGAAGAUGGAUUAUUUAUCAGCGGGGAAAAAAAAAAAAAAGAUUUUAGAAGAAAGAAAACAUCAAAUGGUAAGUUUAUGUUUAUUUAUACAGGUACUUAGUUAAAGGUCCCCCCUCAUUAUUUUUAGGGUGAGGGGGUAGGUAGGGGUUUAUUUUUUGGGGGAAGGGUGACUAGGGGUUUGGGGACCCCUAGUCACCUGGGGGGAGCGGGGUUAAAUUUUCAUUUAGGGCCCCCACCCACCGCUCAGGGGUGGGGGCCAGGAGGGAGGACAUUAGGUGCCCCUCCUUAUUCUUCUUUAGGGCCCCCACCCACUGCUCAGGGGUGGGGGCCAGGGGGGAGGACAUUAGGUCCUCCCCCUUAUUCUUGUUUAGGGCCAAUUUAGGUCUUUCAGCCUUUUGGUAGAUAACUCCCUAAUACCGUGGGAAUUAGGGAGUUAUCUACCAAGCGGCUGCAAGAAAAGUUCCGAAGUUGCUGAAGUUCCAAAGUGCCAGAGUUGCCGAAGUGUUCAAGUGCCGAAGUUCUGAAGUGUCGAAGUGACGAAUUGCCAAAGUCCCGAAUUGCCGAAGUCCCGAAUUUCGGAAUGCCGAACUGAGCCGAAUAUUUUCCCCAUGCACAUGCCUAUUGAAUAAUUAUACCAUAAUGAACAAGAAUUGAACAUCCUAUAUCAAACUGCAGUGUCUCAGUCAUAUAAUCAGAGUUUGAUUAAGGUUGCCCAGGAAUAUAAGCUGCCCCAUCCUAGAUCCAUGGGCAGCGCACACAUAUUGGACCAGAACCGGAUCCAGUGCUCCAUCUCGGGAGGGGCCCAUUACCUAUACCCCUCUUUCCUGCCACUUUUGUCAUUCUGCUCUUAUUCCUGCUUCCCCCACUUCUCACAAGCCCCAAAUUCCCCCUCCCACACUUCACAAUGUCCAAAUUCUCUUCCUCAAUGUUUCCUUUCCUUUUAGUCCCCCACUCCAACCCACUUUGGCUCCAUAAACAUUGGCAAGUGAUAAAGGAAUUGGAGUCCUAGGAGCGACCUUACUCUGUCAGGACUCUGUCAGGAGCCACAUGCUGUGUGCAGGGGCAGGGAUAUAACAUAUUGUCAUAUCCCCGCUCCAUAUAGGCACUCACAGCUCCUGUGAGUCCUGGUAGAACAUAUUUGCUCCCAUCACUUAGUAAUGCUGCUUGCCAUUUACCUGCACUCCCACAAAUAGGUAAGAGGGCACAGAACCGGACAGAAGAGAUCUUUUGACCUCCCUGUUAUCUCAGGGAGUCUCUUAACAAUUAGAGCUGGAGUCCCAGGCCCCUGUCUGGGCAUGGAGAUUGCAUUUAUUCUCUGCAGGGUACUCUAUUUUGACUGUCUGUCACUGACAAUGCCCUAGCAGGCCUGCCCACCAGUCCUGCUUCAAAAACUGCCAAAUAAUUCAGAUGCAGGUCAAUGUCUGAUAAAAGUAUACAUUUAUAUAUUUUGGCAUGUGUCCUUUUUAGCUCAGAUAGUGCAGCCAAACUGUCUUGACUAAAUGCGUGAAUUCUAAUUUUAGAUAAACGUUCAGCCCUAUUGCAAAAUCUUUCAUUUUAGAUGUGCAUCGGAAGAAAGUAAAUAAUUCCUUUGGUGGUUAUGUUUGUUUCUUUCUUUUUAUUCCCAAGUAUGUUAAAAGCUUUGACCUUUUAACAUCGUGUGCGGGAGAUGUGAAGUAACUCCAAGCUAUGGAGUGAAGGGGUUUUCACAUCAAUAUUAAUGGUAGGUCCAUAUAGGUCAGGUAUACAUUAAUACUUAUGAAGCUUUCUAUUUAUCAGCAGUCAUAGCACUGGAUACUGUUUCAAAUACAGUACAAAACUAUAUUAGAACAGUUCUCAGAUGUAUUCCAUGUAUACUGCGAGGCAGAAAUUUGUGGAAGAAUGUUUUUUUUAUAUUGUGUAUGCAGGUAAAGUUGUUCGUGUUCGCUGGGUUAUUUCCAAGAAAUGUGAACUUCAGUAGAACAUACAAUAACACCGUAUGGAGAGAAUAUAUAACAAUACAAGAAUUAUCUCACUAGCUGCUAUCACUCACAGGUACUCCCACAAGUAUCAAAUAAACAUAAAUAUUACCAAAAAGAGAAUGCACACUAGAACCAACAAAGAAGGUUAUACAAAUAUUUAAUGAACCAACCAUAGGCAUAAAAUGCAUACAGCAAAAAAUACAGAAUGACAAUAUAAAGGCAUCAAAAUAAAACAGUAAUAAUUUACCAACGUCUCACAAGCCUAACCUGGCAUAAACACGAGUCCACAAUACCCCAAAGUUUCGGCACCAACUGGCUGCCUUCUUCAAGAAAACAUGCUUUCAUACAUGUGCGGUUUAGCCUCUUUUUAUGAGAGUGGGCUACAAGAUCAUCAACGCGUAUGUGGUAUGGCUAGAUAAAUGUAGUGCUAGACAGUCGUGAGGUUCAUUCCACAGUACGCCAUUGCAUGUUAAACUUUAAGUGAACAAGGUAAAUUAACAAUUUAAGAAGGGACACAUAUUGUUGGGAGGGACCCAUCUGAUGUGUAGACUGUUGUGUCCCCUUAUGUUAAUAUAUUGCUGUGUGUUUCAAGGUGGGUGCCAUAGGCGUCGAGGUGUUUGAUGAUUGUGAUCCGGGUGUGAGGUGGGUCUCUUUGACUGUUUGUCCAGGAGCUGCUUGCUGUGUGUCCCUGAAGCUCUAUGCAUGGAUUUAGGUGUUUUGUAUGGUCUCUCUUAUGUGAUUGUACCCAAAUGUUCCUGUCUAGGUGUUCCCAAGAUUGUUGGCUCUCUUUGUGUGGUAUCCAGAACAUUUGUGUGGGUUUUAGUUAGGAGGUAGCGGGGGGGGGGAGGUGUCGAAGUAUUUAUCUGCGGAGUACUUAUUAAUUUAUGUGUUCAGCUGGCUUGGUGUGCUUGCAAGUUUGGCUCCAUGAGUUGGGCGAGGUCUGCCCAGGAUAAUCAGUAAUGCUACCUCUGAGGGCCUGGGUUCUAUCCUGGCUUCCCCUAGUGUGAGCAUGAGACAACGUGAUUGAAAAAAAUAAAAUAAAAUAGUAACCCACAACAUGAGCUUGUAUAAACUGCUCAACAGUUUCUUGUUGCUGCCAUAGGUUUGGUCUACUUUGAGUCCAGUAGCUGGGCCUAGAGAUGCUGUUGCCCGUGGGACAAAGGGAUCCAGGAGGUGAUCUGCUGUGUUGCCUCUGUGGAUGUAGGUGUAUGUCCCAGUUUGGACAGCAGAGCAGGUACUUCUGCCCCAGCAGAGAUCUUGUGGACUUAAGUCUUGGAAGAAGAGUAAGUGUGAGUUCUCAAAUGUGAGAAGUGUUUUACCUCGAAGCGCUGACAUGAUUUGAGUCUUGUCGUGAGAGGUGGUGCAGCAGAGAAUUACAUCUCUGGCAUUGUCAGCAGGUGUGUUAGGUGUAGUUGGUAGAUGAUAUAUGCCAUCCAUGGUGAUUUUCCGGGCCUCAGCCGGGAGCACAGUAGUAGCCAGGAGUCUCCUUAUAUAGUGUGGCAGUUCAUCCUCCUUUAUGUCACCUCGGAUACCACUAAUUUUUUAUAUGGUUGCACUGUGCGCGAUCUUCCUGGGUGGACAUCUGCAGCGUGAGUGUUUGUUGCGCUGUGUGUAAGUUUUGCAUAUGGUCCUUCAUAGUGGACAUACUGUUGUGGAUCUCAAUUAUGUCCUCCUCUGUCGCCCUGACGCGGUCUGUAAUGUUUUGCACGUCAGCCUUGAGGAUCCCUAUGUCUGCAGAGAUCAAUUUCUGAAUGUCUUGCACCCAGUGGGCCACUAGUGAUGGCUCUGGGACCUGCAGAGAGACUGGACUGGUCUGGGCUGAGUGGGAGGAUGGGCCCCUAGUGGCGGUGUGGCUGGGGCCACCGCGUCGGCUAUCUUUGGUUGUGUCUGCCGCUGGAGCAUGGCUCUAAUGUCUGGAUGCUCAGCUGAGGGGCCUGGUUGCGGUUUUUGCGUGCGCCGUCCUAGUUACGUCCGGGCAGCACUGCUCAGGAAUCCCGCCGGGGAGGAAAUUCAGGUCGCGGUAGGCCGAUGGUAAGUAGCCCCGAGACUUGCGUUUUGGUCUCCCAAUCUUCGAGCUCUGGAAGAAAGGCAUCUAGCGAUGUAGGUGAGAAUCCUGGUUCCGGUUAUGAUAGUUUUAGGGCCAGAUAGUUCGAUGGUGUGGAUUAAUAGCAGCCGUCUCUGGAGUGAAUGGAUAUGGCGUCCAUUCAGCUAUGGAUCCAAGCUCCGCCCCCCCUUAAAACUUUUUUUAUGUACACAAAAGGCCUAUUUCCCUCAAAUAUUGUUCACAAUAUUAGAUAGAUUUACUUGAUAUGCUGCUUAUGGGCACAGAGCUGUCCUGAACAGAAAAGUAAGAAUAAAAACUCUUUAACUAGAAUAUCCCUAUUUCCGAGACUUUAACCAGAAGGUAACACCGCAGCCUUGUAAUUUUCCUGGUGUGAAUAUAUAGGAGAUAAUUCAUGAAACCAUGAGUUGUGCUGAAUUAAACACAUUUGCUAAUUUGUUCAUCCCUGUGUCUUGUUUCCAUACUUUGUCCUAUAUUUAAUGAAUUUGACUUCAGGUUCACUGUUCAUCCUUUAGUGGAUAAGCCCCCACCAUGUACUUUCAAUAUGCUGGGGUUUAUUUGCAUUCAUGGAAAAAUAAAUAACCUCAGAAAGAGCUAUUUCAAGGUUAAUGCAAAUGAUCAUACUACACCUUCUCUAAACAAAAACUACUCUUUCCUACACUCAGUGAUACUCAUACUUAUCCAGAAACUGGACAAAACAAAAUAGCAACAUAGAAACAAAGAAUGUGAUGGCAGAUAAAAACCAUUCGGCCCAUCUAGUCUGCCCAAUCUUCUAAAUACUUUCAUUAUUCCCUAGCCUUAUCUUAUAGCUAGGAUAGCCUUAUGCCUAUGCCACGCAUGCUUAAACUCCUUUACUGUGUUAACCUCUACCACCUUAGCUGGAAGGCUAUUCCAUGCAUCCACUACCCUCUCAGUAAAGUAAUACUUCCUGAUAUUAUGUUUAAACCUUUGCCCCUCUAAUUUAAGACUAUGUCCCCUUGUUGUGGUAGUUUUUCUUCUUUUAAAUAUGGUCUCCUCCUUUAUUGUGUUGAUUCCCUUUAUGUAUUUAAAUGUUUCUAUCAUAUCCCCCCUGUCUUGUCUUUCCGCCAAGCUAUACAUGUUAAGAUCCUUUAACCUUUCCUGGUAAGUUUUAUCCUGCAAUCCAUGAACCAGUUUAGUAGCCCUUCUCUGAACUCUCUCUAAAGUAUCCAUAUCUUUCUGGAGAUACAGUCUCCAGUACUGCGUACAAUACUCCAAGUGAGGUCUCACCAGUGUUCUGUACAAUGGCAUGAGCACUUCGCUCUUUCUACUGCUAAUACCUCUCCCUCACAUGUUUUUUAUAUAAAUAUUUUUAUUUAAGUCCAUUUAGCCUCCCUAUCUUUGGGAGAGCUGGGGUAAAUCAUUUCCCAGGUGUCCAGUGAGGAUUUUUUUCCCUGGGUUCCAGUUCGUCCGGGAAAACAGGUUUUUAGUCUGCCUUAGUGCACAGCUGGCACUGGGGGGCCCUAAGGUGACCAGCUGGCCAGCUGUUAGCGUACCCUUGCCUUUAGGGUGCGUCCCUGUGGGGUACGCUUACCACUGGUUGACAAACAAUGGCUUAGGUUGUUUAUGGGUUAUCCUACGUUUAACCAUAAAUGUAUCUUACCCCAACAUGGGUCCAAACUGAAUAACACCAUGACAAUAGUAUUUGCAGGUAAGACAUCUGGUCCCCUCACAUCUAAAAUUACCCACAUAGGAGUUAGUAACAAGAUUUAAACACUCAUGGAGCUUAUAUUUUGAAGGUGCCAGGAUGUUUUUGAUAUUAUUGUUUCUUCUAAAGUUUACCCUUGGGUUAUUAGAAAAGCUGAAUUUCAACCAUGGGUCCAAUUUUAAUAUAGGCCAAUGUUUAUGUAAAAUACCAAUAGGAGUUAUUAAAACUAGUCCAGAAGAUCGGACCUUUAUUCUGGAGCACAUCUUUAGUGCUAAUAUUACAUUUACUCGACUACAUGGUGAAUUUGGAAUCCCAACUCUUUAACAGUAACAGAAUAGUGUUAUGUGUCUCAGUGAAAGGAAACUGAGAAUGGGUUGUAGUGCUCAUAGCAAUGACUUAAAAAGGGACAUGCUCUCUGUACCUCUUGCCUCAUUAUAUGCAUAUAGGAUGUACUUAGGUGGAUAAUCCUUUAUUGGGCAGACUAGUUGGGCCGAAUGGUUCUUAUCUGCCGUCACAUUCUAUGUUUCAAGAAGCGUCAGGCAGAGUUCCAAAGCUUCUUCCUCAUAAUUCCAAGAAGCGUCGUCAGAGUACCAAAUCUUCUUCCUCAUAAUUAGGCUGUUUAUGUACUGAUUGUGGAAAGGCAGAGGCAAAGCUACCCAAAUUUUUACUCACAGUCUGAAGGAUAGACGUUACGACAAAAUGAUAUUAUAAUAAGCAUAGUUAUUAAAUUCUAAGCCCCAAAACUGAAGGUGAAUAAGGCUAGAAUGGACAGACACCUAACACCUUUCUACUUUCCUCUCACCAGCAGGAGUUUCUAUAUGACUUUUCCAGCGCUGCGACAUGCUGACAUCAAAAAUUGUCAUCAGUUCAACAAUAUAACAAUAAAUAAAUUAAUAAAACCCUCCACUGUCCCUUGUGAAAUGAAAGAGAAAAAAAAUAUAAACAAGUCAAAAUGUGAACUUCAAGUACUCUUAGAAACCUAAUCUAAAACAUGUGGCAUAUGCCUCGUCAGUCAGUUCUCAUUCUGAAAAUGGACUGACAAGAAAACGGAACAGUUUUAUUCUGGCUUUGAAAAUAAUGCUAUAAACAUAUCAUGUAGUGAAUCCAAUAUUUUCCUGGCUACCAGAACUAUCUCAGAAAUCAGGCUUGGUAUGCUAUUAACUGCUGUAAAGUCUUCACAGCACAGUCAUUGUUUAAAAAACUGUGCAAACAUUUGCAUAGUCACUGGAACACGGCAUACCGUGUGUAAGUAAAGAUCUGUUCCCACAGUAAGUGUUUUAUAUUGCAAAUAUUGCACUUCUGACACCUGCAAAGUGCAUUUGACACAUUUUUAUUAUUUCUCAACAGAGAAACAGGAGGCACAUUACAUAGACAUAGAAUUUUCAAAGUAACAAACUGUGUUUUGACACAGGCUUGGCUAUCAGCCAAUUUUAACAAAGUUGGUGGAAUUACAGCAUUUGAUAAAAAACGUUAAUUUCCAGGAUAGAACUAAAUACAGCUAUGUGAGUUUUCUACAUUUCAUUUUAGUUUUCAGAGCUCAUAAACUUAUUUCUGUUCAAUAUUAGGGUUAAUUAAAGGGUCACUAUAGUCACCAAAACAACUUUAGCUUAAUAAAGCAGUUUUGGUGUAUAGAUCAUGCCCCUUCAGUCUCACUGCUCAAUUAUCUGCUAUAUAGGCGUUAAAUCACUUAAUUAUACAGCCCUAGUCACACCUCCCUGCAGGUGACUUAUCCAGCAUUCCUAAACACUUCCUGUAAAGAGUCAUCUAAUGUUUACAUUUCCUUUAUUGCAGAUCACCUUUAAUUUAGAAUGUCUUGUCUCCUGCUCUGUUAUUAGCUUGCUCCCUGCGGCAACCUUCUGUAUGUAAUAAAGUAAUACAUUUUUGGAGCAGGAGAAAAAAUUAAGAACCAGUAAGCUACAUCUGAUUUAAAAUGAAACCAUUUUGUUUUCACGCAGGCUGUGUCAGUUACACACAGGGGAGGUAUGACCAGGGCUGCAUGGACAGAAACAAAGAAUUUUAACUCCUAAAUGGCAGGGAUUUCAGCAGUAAGACUUCAGAGGCAUGAUCUAUACACCAAAACUGCUUCAUUAAGCUAUAGUUGUUGUGUGUCUAUACUGUCUCUUUAACCAUAAAAUUAAACAUUUUGGGAAGUAAUGGUUCCACUUUAAUAUUAUAAGACUUACUGCUCUAUGGUAUAGUAACAAUGCAAGAUAUUUUCUGGCUAUAAGUUAAUUCGUUACUCUAAGCCAUGUUGCCUUUUCCGUGAUCAUGGAACUGAAAAGUAAUCUACGCUCAGUUAUUCAGUAUGCUAAUAUAUACUUUAGGCACUUGCCUGCAUGCUUUGCUUCAUUUGUUUUUAUAUGUUUGGGAGAGUGUGAUCUAUUUACUGUGCACAUGCUGCUUGCACAAUCUAGUUCUCAGCCACAUUCACACGAUUAUUCACUAAACUCCCAAUGUUAGCGAUUAAAUCUGAAUGGCAAAACUGAGGCUAAAAUAGCAGAUUUGGAAAAAUUCUCAAACCCAGGUGUAAUCACAUCUUGACCAACUCAGUCUCAAUUUUGCCAUUCAAAUUUACUUUGUUAAUAUUCAGAGUUUAGCGUAUAACACUGUUAGCCCUGAACAUAGCGAUUCUCCGGGUUUCUGUUUCUGUUUUAUGCAGUGUAUUUUAAUGAACGUUAAUCCAAUGGUAUCAUCAAUAUCUAUUCUUUGCUCUCAUUGAGCAGGACACCAGGCUUGCUGCUGGAGAAUAAAUCCAUUCCCUUUUAUGUCAAUGUAGCUAAUUUACUCCCAGAACAAAGCAGGAGAUGAGUGAGUGGUACCCCUGUAUAUUCAUAUCUCACUGUUUAGAGUCCCUUUUAUUAUCUGAGAAUAUUUUAGUAUUUCAAAUAUUGGUAUUCAAAUUAGCAUGCUACUUGGAAAAAAUAUCUGUGCCUUAAAUCUAUAGGAAGUAAAAUACUGUGUGCUACUAAUUUAAUCUGUACAUUCUGCAAACAGUUUAUAACUACUGACUGGAAAAGGUGCAAUUUAAACAUCAGACCCUGUGCCCAGCUCGCUCUAAAUAGAUUUCUGUACGCGCACUGCAAUAAAAACCCAUCUGACACUGAGAAGAAUCUGUUAUAAAGGAGUUUUGCAAAUGCUUUUUUGCAAAUGUUUUGUACGUAAUGUGGGUUACUGAGCGUGUGCAAUGUACAUAAUUUGGGUUCCUGCCACAGUGACAUCGCUACUGGGGGUCCAUUGGCCGGGGGGCAGAGAAAGGUGAGUUCUACUUAUCUGAACCUGUCCCUUGUGAGUACUGCCAUCUUCCACCAGUGCGUACUCUUCAGCUCCUACCGCUUCAACACCAGAAGCCGACGUCACUGCUGUACUUCCAUAGAUUCAGGAAAUACACUUAUAGUCAGUUCUAGAUUUACAUUAAAAAAAACUAGAACUCACUGUAUAAGUGUAUUUCCUGAGCUCAUAAUUAGGAUAUAUUUUAUGGGAAUACUCUACAACAUACAGGGAUAUAAUUUCUAAUUAGUGGGGUAAUAGCUGAUUGAUCCAAGGAGACAUCUGACUGCUAUUUUGGGGUCAAGAAGGAAUUUUUUCCUAGUUUGUGGCAAAAUUGGAAGUGCUUCAGACAGGUUUUUUGCCUUCUUUUGGAUCAACAGCAACAACAUUUCUGAGGAAGGCUGAACUUGAUGGACGCAAGUCUCUUUUCAGCUAUGUAACUAUGUAACUAUGUAACUAUGUAACUCUUACUAUUGAAUGAUUUCACUCAAUGAUCUCUUGUACAGUCUACACUAUUAUGUGUUUUCUUUGUAUUUCCUCCUAUAUGUACUGAGGAAUUGCUAAAUGAAGAUCACUUCCUGAAUACUAAGUAUUAUUUUUAAAUUGCCUUCAUCCCCUCACAAUAUAUAUAUAUAUAUAUAUAUAUAUAUAUAUAUAUAUUAGGUGUACAUCACCUAAACAGCUACUUGUAAUACACUGCUCCACUCUCAAUCAUCUGUUUUUCGUUGUACAAUAUGUGUGUUUAAGGGUAUCAAAACUAGAGUGUGUUGAAGCAGCAUCUGUAAUAUUAUUCCAACUCUAGAUAGUGAUCCUACAAUUUUUUCUUUUCUAAAAAGAGCGCUCCAAAAUUUACAGAUUUUACUAUUAACAUGACGUAAAGUCAUGAUUUUAUUAAUGACACGGAGGCGAGUAUUAUGCUGCACUCUUUCUUUAUUUACCUCAGCAGCAAAGAAAAAUAACAUUAAAUCAGUAUAAAAGAAACCAGUAAAUAACAUGAAGUAUAUCUUCCUAGCAACAGCAACAGCCAAUCAGCAUCCUCUUUAUAGCAUAAUAGGCAGUGUCCAGUAUACUACUUCCUCUUUCUUGCGAUCCCGAACAAGGACAACAAAUCCAAAUAAAAAAGUGGGCUCCAAUUAGAGGGUAUACGAGCCUUAAACUGGAUCUAGAAGUCAAGCUGGAAGAGAAAAGAGAAUAUGGUAAUAUCCAAGUAUAAAACUGGAUUUAUGCAUAAAUUCGCAUUACAUGAAAUAUCAUAUAUAUAUAUAUAUAUACACAUAACAUGAAAUCCAGUUUAGUCAAACCUUAAGCUCUUGACAGUCAUUAACAAGGAUAAAACCCAGUAAACAAAAAAGACUUACCGUGAAGUCAACUUACCCAGAGAAGACCAAAUCUCCAGGGAUGGGAGGGAGGGAUAAUACUCGCCUCCGUGUCAUUAAUAAAAUCAUGACUUUACGUCAUGUUAAUAGUAAAAUCUGUAAAUUUUAUUAAGACACGGAGGCUCCUAUUAUGCUAGUUCAAAGCUGUGAAAUUAUGUCUCCUGUGAAGUGUUGAAUAGGUCUAAAGUAGAAAUUAUGGAAUGUAGACUCUGAAUACCAGCCGCUCUCAUAAUAUCCUCCAAGCGACAACCAAUUGAGGAAGCCUUAGAAGCCAUUGCCCUACGAACCGAAUGAGGCACUGACACAUAGGUAUCAAUACCUGCUAGAGACAUAACGUAUUUGACCCACCAGGCUAGAGUAGACACCGGAAGAUGCGACUUUUGGAAGAGUUCCUGUUUCAAAGGAUUCUGUAACGUAGUAGAACGAUGUUCACACACCCAUUAGUAUGCAACAGGGCAAAGGAGAGAUCUAUCAGGGAAAACUGGGUAAGAUAGAUUUUAGAGGAGGUUUUUGUCCUCCGUGAAAUGUCAAAGAGGACACCUUCUGGAGUAAAGGAACGAGCAACCACCUCACGAGCUCGUACGUCAGAAAAACCUCUUGCAAGAAAAAUAAAUAAAAAAUUCAAGACAAUAGAGACGACCCACAAGACAGAGUAUCGUGGUUAGGGUGAAUGAGCAAACCAUAUUCCUCAGAGAAGUCAAUAUAUGACAGGAUGUCAACCGACAGGCGUCCAAUCAAAACUUUGAUGGCCAGCAGAAAUGGACGAUCGUUAAGGUCCACAGUGCGAUAGGCUUUACCUUCAUCAUAGAAGUCAGAAAAAUGGAGGACAAACAUAAAAGGAGCCGAUAUGGGAUUUAAAUUUAUUUUCAUGCACCAACUAUGCCAUCUGCUCCAAGCAGAUUUAUAAGCCUGUCUCGUGUUGGGUGCACCCUUGAUAAGUUGGGGAGUUGACUGCAAAACUCCCUUGACCGACCAAGGUUCCCUGAAAUAGACUACACUAUGAGAUGCAAGAGACCUUGGAGAACAAGAGGAUUAGGUACACCAUCUGGAUGCUGAAGAAGGCACUCGAGAGAUGGAAGGUCGAUAACCAUCUCCUGCAGAAAAGAGAACUAUGGUUGGGAUGUCGAUAGAGGAGCCACGAUCAACAGGUGCCAGACUGGCGAUGUAGAUGGAAAGGCAAUAAAUCAUAAUUCCUUGGAGAAAACAUUCAUAGCCAAUGCUAUCGGAUCUGGUCUCCAACUGAAAAAACGGGGAAGUUGAGCAUUCAAACGAGAAGCGAAAAGAUCUAUUUCCAAUAGACCCCAUAGGUUCCAGAUGUCUUGGAAGACCAUGGAAUCCAAGUGCCAGUCGCUGGAAUCUCCGAGUUGGCGUGAAUACCAGUCCGUCGUAGUGUUGGAGAGACCUUGAAUAUAUUCUGCCGUGACUGAAAUGCCGUGUCUCAGGCAAAAUUGCCAGCAAUCACGAGGCAUGUAGGUCAGAAUUUUGUAUUUUGUUUCUCCAAGUGAUUGAUGUAGCGGACUGCUGACACGUUGUCCAUCUUCAGAAGGAUAGCGCAUUGGGCUUGAGUUGGGGAGAAACUAUGGACUGCAAAGGAACCGGGUGUUCCAAACAAUUGAUGUGGAGUGUUGAUUCCAGGUUUGAUUAUCUGCCCUUGGUGGAAAUAGUUCUGCAUUGAGCACCCCAACCGUGCAAACUUGCGUCGGAUUUGAUUAUCAAAUCUGGAGCUGUACAAAAUAUGGUGUGCUUAUUCCAAGCUUCCAUGUGAAGAAGCCACCAUUGGCGUUCAUUCUCUGCUUCUGAGUCCAGAGUUACCAUAUCUGUGUAUGAUGUGCUGCCCUUGAGAUGAAGUUUGUAAUCGUUGUAGGGCUCAUAGCCAAGAAGACCUGUAGAAAUGGCCUGUAUAGAUGCCGCUAGAAGGCCUAACAUUCUCAACAGUUGUUUGAGAGAGAGUUGAGAGGUUGCUAGUGUUCGCCUAUCUCCUUCUUUAUAUUGGCUAAUUUUGCCACCGGAGGGUGUAGAGUUUGAAGGGUAGAAUCUACAAUAAUCCAAUAUAACCCAGAAAUUGUAUUUGUUGCGUGGGAACAAUAAUGGAUUUCUCCCAAUUGGUCAGGAAGCCUAGGUUCUCUAACAGAGUCAAAGUCCAUGCAAGGUAUGUCCGGAUUAAUUGAAUAGACUGAGCCAGAAUGAAAAUGCCAUCUAAAUAUAUUAUAAGAUGUGAGCUUGGUGAAGCACCAUGGAGCCGAAGACAGUCCGAAUGGGAGGCACCUGAACCUCUAUUUACUGCCCUACCAUGUAAAUUGCAGGAAGUUCUCAAUCUUGAUGUUGUACUGGGAUAGGCACUGUGAGAUAUGCAUCCUGCAGAUCCAAUUUGGCCAUCCAAUCUGCUGGUUGGAGAAGAUCCCUUAAACAAUGCUCUCCUUCCAUCUUGGAAGUGCUGAUAUGCUCAUAACUAUUGAGCAGUCUCAAAUUUAUUACUGGACGGAUACCUUUGCCUUUUUUGGGAAACAAGAAAAGGUUGCUCACGUAACCCAGGGUAUGCGCCAGAAUCUCUACAAUUGAUUGUCCACAGAGACAAGGUCUGUGUCUCAUUGGGAAAAAACAAUUUCCCUUGAUGGGGAACAUUGAACAAGUAGAGAAAGGAAGUCUAUGCAAUACCCUUUCACAGUGUGAAGAACCUAAGCAUCUGAUGAAAUGAGGGAUCAUACAUGGGAAAAAUGUGUGAGCCUGCCCCCCACUAUCAGUAAGAAAGAAUGGAAAUUGUGAAGACGUCUUAGGAGCACCUCUUAGGCCACUAACAAUCCAGGGUCGGCCACUUUGUGAGAAGGAGGUUGGUAUAGUACAUUGUUCAAAGAAAUCGGCUUGGCAAGUAUAAGAGCCUUGGUUCUGUCUAAAAGAACUUCUGUUUGUUUAGCAGGACAAAGGAGCCCAAUUCUUUUACAAAGUUGUCCCCAAAGAGAAAACCUUUUGCCUGUGUUAUCUGGCUCGUUUGGGCUCAAUCUUGAGCAAGAUCGAUUUGUGGCUUUCUGUGAUAACCGCAUUGUUGGCGUUGCCAACUUAAAUUACUCUCUAGAUCUAACCACUUAAGAUGGCGCAAUCUAAUUCUAGAUCAUCCUCCACUGCUUCAAAGAUCUUGGCUGCUGAGCCCAAGAUGCCCAGGAUUUUAUCCUGACAGUUUUGCAAUGAAAAUCUAAGCCUUUAGAUGGCUUCCAUCCUGUCUUACUCAGGAAUUGAAUGCUUUUAGGAUUGACUGAUAGCGUUUAACAUGAGUCAUCAGGGACUGUUCGGCGUGGCCAUUCAGCCCGCAAUUUAUUUCACUUUGCCUUCUCAAAAGGCUUGCGUACUCUGGAUGCCAAUAUACUUGGCUACAUGGUCUCAGGAGACCACUGGAUGACAUAGGUUGUCAGGUUCGAAUAGGGGUUCACAUUGAGUGUCCAAGAUCCUAUCGGUGUCCCUGAGUCUGCAUAAUCUACCUAAAUCUUGGUAGGUUUAGCAGGACGUGUAUCCCAAACGGGAUUAGCAUCCUCUUCAUCAGUAAUUUCAUAAUCAGGAUCAGAAAUAUCCUCUGAAUCCUUCAUAUAGGACCCAGGGACCUCCUCAAUAUCACUGAGCUCAGAUUCAGAGUUCAGUUGGGCUUUUGCCCUUUUCCAGUCUAGUCGAUUUUGCCUGACUAGUAGCUCUUUUGCGCGGUGGUAAAUUAAUCGCGCCAUCCGUGACAGGUACGGAACUGUCCAUCUCUAUUGUUUUGGAGGAGUGUUUAGCCUUAUAUGAGGCCUUGCGGCCAGGCUGAAGCAGAGCAGGUGCGAGUACAGAUACACCUCCAUAUAGUACUCAGGUAACUCCUCCUCAAUAUCAUAUAGUACUCAGGGAACUCCUCCUUAAUAUCCCUGAGCUCAGAUUUAGAGUUCAAUUGGGCUUUUGCCCUUUUUCAAAGUCUAGUCGAUUUUGCCCGACUAGUAGCUCUUUCGCGUGGUGGUAAAUUAAUCACGCCAUCCGUGACAGGUUUGGUACUGUCCAUCUCUAUUGUUUUGGAGGAGUGUUUAGCCUUAUAUGAGGCCUUGCGGCCAGGCUGAAGCAGCGCAGGUGUGAGUACAGGUACACCUCCAUAUAGAACUCGGUGAACUUCUCAAUAUCACUGAACUUGGAUUCAGAGUUUAAUUGGGCUUUUGCCCUUUUCCAAAGUCUAGUCGAUUUUGCCCGACUAGUAGCUCUUUUGCGCGGUGGUAAAUUAAUCGCGCCAUCCAUGACAGGUAUGGUACUGUCCAUCUCUAUUGUUUUGGAGGAGUGUUUAGCCUUAUAUGAGGCCUUGCGGCCUGACACCAGGGCCUUGUCAUUGCUUUUGCCAUGGAAGUGUCAAUUAAAGCCUGCAUGUCAGCAGGAUCAGUAAAGCAGAAAUUCAGCCUCAUCUCCAGAGAUACCUGGAGAGGCUUCUACAUUAAUCUGCAUGUUUGCUGUAGACCCAGAAGGCACAGAAAGAUCCUGUCAGACUGCAUCAUAAAUAUACAAACAAACCUAAUGGGCUGAAUAAAGCAAAAUAAUACCAAAAGUAAAGGGUUGAGUAACCCUCAAGUAAAAAUAAAUAACUAAACAGGAUAAAGAAAUGAAAGUACUCACAUUAGUGAAAAAAAAAAAAAAAAUAGCAAUUGUAAUAUAAAAACAAAGGAGCUGCCCGGCUGCCACUACAACUAAACCCCAACUUGGAUUUCUGGCAGUUGGUGGCAGAGCAGCAGCCAGACAGAUAAAUUAAGGGAAAAAACAGCACAAUAGCACUAUUCAGGAUAUAAAGAUCCUCAAAGACGUCCCUGAGCCCCAAUUGAUGGUACUCUUGGGGCCAGGGAGGUCAGAGGGGAAAUACAUUAUCAAAGGAUAUAUAAUAAAGCAUAUAACAGACGCAAAUGAAGUAAAUAAAUCAAAUUACGUUAAAAUGAAGUAACUAAAUAUAUUUAUAAACAUGAAAAUAUUAUAAUUAAAAUGGAAUAACUAUAAUAACUAUAUUAAUCACAGUAAUGAUAUGAAUAAAGUAAAGUAAAAGAUCCCACAGUUAAGAACCAUGGGACCAAGUGUCACUUAACUGAGGUAGCAGCAAAGAAAGAGGGAGUAGUAUACUGAACACUGCCUAUUAUGCUAUAAAGAGGAUGCUGAUUGGCUGUUGCUGUUGCUAGGAAGAUAUACUUCAUGUUAUUUACUGGUUUCUUUUAUACUGAUUUAAUGUUAUUUUUCUUUGCUGCUGAGGUAAAUAAAGAAAGAGUGCAGCAUAAUAGGAGCCUCCGUGUCUUAAUAAAAUUACUAUUUUUUUCCAGUGAUUAAUAAGAGAGUCACUGGUUAACACCAUACAGAGCCUUCUUUACUGUACAAUUUCUGCCAAUGAUCAAUUACACUGCCUUAGUAUCAGUCUGCUAUUCUUUAUCUACAUUUAUUGUUAUAUAUUAGAUACUAUAUCAGACUUUCCUAGCCCCAGCAGUUUAUAAGACUUAACUGGUUGCUUUCAAUCUGUAUGCAUUUUUGCAACAUAGUAUCAGGCUACGUUCACCUGCUUUCUAGUCUAUUUCCAAGCUGGGUGAUCAUUCUGACUAUCUAUGUAGGAUCCAUCUGCUUGUACAAUUUUAUUUAUUUUCUAUUGUUUCACUUUAUCACAUAUUUCUGGCACUGUUUUUGUGUGUGUUUUUGUAUCAUCCUUAUAGGGAUUUAAUAAAGUUGUGAAUGAUACAUUUUUAUGGUUUUCUCAUUCCAAUUUUAGACUAGUGCUUUAAUAAGGGUAAUAGGAUUGGUAUUGGGCUUGUUUCUUGCUAGUCUGUAAUAUUCUUCUUAUUGAUUUAUUGAUUUCUAUAUUGGGUUAUGCCCUAAUUACCCCACAACCAUUACAGGCUCGGUGUUAGAUUCUCUUUCCUCGUGUUUGUAUAUUUAUCGUAAUUCACUUACCACUCAUCAAAACAGGCUCUAGAGUUUUCUCCAGCAUUCAUUAUUCAUUGUCUCCCAAUAUAAUUCCUAUUAAUAUUAAAAAAUGUUAGGAAUUCAAAGUGAAUAAGCUGGAAGUAUACUCAAAUCAGCUAUUUUCUGAUAAAGCUAUUUAGGUUUAAAAUUUCAAAUUCACAAGCAUUAAUAUUCGCACUUUAGUGAACAAAUGCAUUUCUUAGCAUCUCUAUGGUGGGCUCACGCUUUUAUGGUUAGACAUUUGCUCAUUCAUACAUGUUUAAUAGGUUGGAGAUUUCUUUAGAAUUUCUUCUUGGUGGACUUUACAUUGGGCAUUAACCUAUGCAAAGGAUAUAGUUUUAUAACUCUUUAAAGCACAGCUGUCAAUCAUACAGCCUGCAGAGCUGCCAAAUGAGACCUGCGGCUGUUCCCAAGUGAUUAAACUUCACUUCCUCCUCACUCAUAGACAGCAGUGCAGGAAAACAAGAGAAGGCUGUGUUCAGAGACUUGCAGGUUAGAGAGAGGGGCAGUGGACCGCUCUGUCUGGGAAUCAGCUUGUAAGUGAGCAAAGACUGAGAUCUGCUCUGUCACAAUGCCCAGCAUACUACACCAGGAGCAACCAGCAACAUAGAAUGUGUAAGAGUGUGUAUGUUGCUGUGUAUAAGUGUGUUUAUAUAUGUGUAACACCAUGUGUGUGCAUAUAUGUAUAACCGUGUAUAUGUGACCAGGGCCGGCCUUAGGUGUUCAGGCACCCUGUGCGAAACAAUCUUGUGGCGCCCCCACUCCUCUCAGUCUCUUUUUGGACCACAUCAAAAAAUUUCAGGAGCAUUCACAAUCUGUCGCCUCCUAUAUGUAUAACCGUGUAUAUGUGACCAGGGCCGGCCUUAGGUGUUCAGGCACCCUGUGCGAAACAAUCUUGUGGUGCCCCCCACUCCUCUCAGUCUCUUUUUGGACCCCGUCAAAAUUUCAGGAGCAUUCACAAUCUGUCGCCUCCAUCCCCUUCUACAAAACCCCUGCACCUCUUCACCAAAACCCCUGGCCACCACUUCAUCAAACUCCUGGCCACCCCUUCCCCUUCAUCAAUCCCCUCCAACCCCUUCAUCAAUUCCCACCCACCCCUUUAUCAGCCCUCUGCCCCCAUUCAUCAGCCCCCUGACCUCCUCAUCAAUCCCUCCCACCCCUUUUCUCAGCCCUCUGCCCCAUUCAUCAGCCCCCGACCCACUCAUCAAUCCUUUCCCACCCCUUUUCAACCCUGACCCCCUCAUCAAUCCCUUCCCACCCUUUCUUAGCCCUCUGCCCCCAUUCAUCAGCCCCCAACCCCCUCAUCAAUCCCUUCCCACCCCUUUUCUCAGCCCUCUGCCCCAUUCAUCACCCACCUGCCCCCCUUUUCAAUCCCCUGCCAAUUAAUUCAACCCCAAGUCACCCCUACAUCAAUCCCUGCCAACCCUUCAUCAGUCCCCUGUCCCCCUCAUCAAUACCCUCCGCACAGCUUUAACAGCCCUCUGCCCCAUUCAUCAGCCCACUGAACCCCUCAUCAAUCCCGUCCCCCCCUUUUCUCAAGCCCUCUGCCCCUUCAAUCCCUCCCCCUUUUCUGCCCCCAUUCAUCAGCCCCUUGACCCCCUCAUCAAUCACCUCCCCCCCUUUUCUAAGCUCUCUGUCCUCCUUUAAUCAGCCCCAUGCCCCCUUUUCAAUUCCCUGCCGCCCUUCAUCAGCCCCCUUAUAAAUCCCCUGCCAAUUAAUCCAAUCCCUGCGACCCCUUCCUCAAUCCCUUGCCCCCCUUAAUUAAAUUCCUUCACCCCUUCAACAAAACCUAUAAUAAAAAAAUAAUUAAAAAAAGAACAGUCACUCACAGUAAAGGCUGCUGCUUGCUGCUCCUUGGACCGAGCUGUCAGUUCACCUCUGCGCCGAUUGAAGAGCAGAGGGUGCCGUCCUCACUCCUGCCACGGCGUCACGCAAGUACGCGGCAUCACGCCCCCACGCUCCUCCUCCACACUCCAUCCAUAAGUGGCUUCCUGGCCGCGGCUCUCUGCUCAUAAUUUGCAAGUCAAGUGCAAAGCAGCAUUAUGCACUUGACUUGCUCUGCAUUUGAAACUCGGCCAGCCUGCGAUCUGUGUUGGCCGCCCGGCGCCCCUGUUGCAAUGGCGCCCUGUGCAGCCGCACAGCUCGCACACCCCUAAGGCCGGCCCUGGGUAGUGGUAUAGGCCGAUCUGGUCAUUGUGAGACUUGAAAGGACUAUUAGAUCAGGGGCCUUGUUGCCCUGUAAUAGCGCAUCAGACCAGGCACCUGUCACAUUAGUUCCCCCCUCUACACCAAAGCCUGCUCAGAGGAAGUGAGCUGGGAGUAUUGUGGGCAAGCAGGAGCAGGUUAAGCUAAAAACUAAAGCUAAAACUAUGUUAGCUGAUCAAAUAUAAAAUAAUAUAAAUCACUGUUUAGUAGAUAUACACUAAAUGAAAACUUCCAUGUAUUUGAUUAUGAAUGUUUUCAAUGGGGGUAAAUCUGAAAACAGCAUGUAUAAACUGCAGUUAUCUUGUCUGCUGCCUCCCCACCCAUAUUAUCUGUGGCUGUCCAACCACAGACUUCCCAGUGCAGCUCAAUAAGAAGUCUUUGCAAGGCAGCCGCUCUGGGAACUUGCUGCCUUUUGAGUUUAUCUCUACUGAGCUAAAUAAACCAUGAAGUUGUCUGCUUGAAAACCAAGGGGUGUAACCAGCUUAAUUUAUAAAUGUGUCCAUUUCUAUUGAAAUCUGCAAUUUUUGCAAAAUGAAAAAUAAAGGACACACUCUUCACACUCACGCAUAAGGCUUCUGAGCAAAACAAAGUUGUUUAGGGGUAUGUAGUGUUCCUUUAAUUGUUACUUAUAUAUGCAUAUCUGUAUGUAUGUGUACCUGUGUCUGUAUGUAACUGAAUGCAUCUCAGUGUAUAUAUAUGUGUGUGUGUGGCAGUCCAUACAUCCCAGCAUUCAAAUGCCAACACUGCACACAAAUACACCCCAACAUUCAAACACCAACACUGCACAGAGUUACACCCCUGCAUGCAAACACAGUCCUGAAUUCAAAUUCCAUUACUUCAAACACGCCCUGCAUUUAAAUGCACACACUACACACAAGCACAUCCCUGCAUCGAAAUGGCAACAGUACAUACAAACACAUAACUGCAUUCAAAGCCAACACUACACACAAAUACAUAUUUCUUAUUGUUGUAAGAAAGUAAUAUAUUUCAUUUAUGACAUUAUGUGAAGUUGUUCUUUGUGCCUGCUCUUUGUCUUGUUUGCGCGCGUGUGUAUAUAGAGUUAUGGGAAACAGAAAGUGCAUUUUUGUUAAAUAAAUCAUGACACGGUAUAUGUCAUGUGUUGUUGUUCAUCAGAGGGUGUAUUUUACCUAAUUCUAAGACCUGCUGAGGAACAGAUGAUUGUUAUUAUGCCCUGAUACGUAAAACCAUAGAAUUCAAAGAGGGUGUACUUUCUUUUUUACCAUGACUAUUUCGGUGGAUAGUUUGGCCCUCCAGAACAAAUGAGUUCGACAACCCUGAUUUAAAGGCUGGCUUUUGUAAGUUCAGGUGAUAUAUUCUUUGUGGGCUAUAAAUAUACAUAUUUUUUACUAUGUGCAUAAGAAAAAUUACAUGUGCAAAUUACACUUAUCGAAUUUGUAUAAGGAAUCAUUAGAAAUACACAGAUGACGCACAGUAAGUACAAUAUAUAACACUAAAGUACAAGAAAACAUAUUGAAACAAAAUGUAAUAUAGGACAGAUCUGGGCAGUACAUGAGCUGUACGGUGAGGACAUAGGACUGCACCCUCAAUAUCUAUACAUUGUUUAGUUAGAGGAUCUUAACAUGAUAUUGUAGUGUGCGAUUAUGCUGUAGCUUGGUGAUAUAGGUACAAUUUGGGGAUUAACAAUCCUCCCAGAUUUUUGUACGAUAUGAAUUAGACAUUGACACCCUGGGUUGUUAUAUGCAUGAAUAAAUAUAUUCAGUGAUUUUUGGAUCGCUUGAAUUGUGUUACUGGGGAGGCAAAGAUAUUGUUCAAAACAAAUACAGAACAUUGUUAAAAGCUUAAUUUUUGUAGUCGCUCAAGUAAAGAUUGCGAGAGGAAAUUAUAUUAUCAGGAUACAAGUAGAUUCCUAGGAAACUAAUAUACCCUUGUUACUAAUUAUAGACAUAAAUUGUUUGUAUAGUAUGCAAAACGUUGAAGGAAAAUUUAACUCCUGUGGCCUGCGAUUUGGUCAUGUUUAUCCAAUGGUAUGAUACUUUUUCAUAUUCUGCCAGUUCCAAAUGCAAAUCCCUCAUAGAAUUAAUAGGAUCUGAGAUAACCAGUAAUAUUUAAUCUGCAAACUGUGUUGGGUAAUACCAGUGGGAGGAAUGCCAGACCUGUGGUCUGCACCCCUACUGGGUGCAGAACUUGAGUAACUGCUUUGUGAGCGUCAACCAAUCGAGCGUUGCCAUACUAACCCAUUGCAAAGCUCUGAUAGGUUGUGAGACAGCUGAUCUGUACACAGUGGAGGCAUUGCAGUGGGGCGGACUGAGUUGAGAAGCCCUGCAGCCAAUGGCACACUGGUGAAGCCACUUGACCCAUUCCUGUUGUCAAAUCCUCCAUCCAUGAGUUCAUGCAUAGUAUAUAGACCUCUAUUCAAAUAAAGCAUUAGAAAGUGCAUGGAUUACUCCAUACCUCACCUAAGUGUCCUUCCAGUUGGAGAUCUUGGUGCAUGUGAAGAUGAAGGGACUGAUGCCCAUUACCUUGACAUUGUGACAUAGCCUGAGUCGUAGAGGAGAAGGUGCAGGAAAUGUCACAUGUGCAGAAUUUUCUUCUUUCCUCUGCCAGUGUGAAUACCUUAGACAUCCCAUUGCAGGUAAUAAUGAGCUUAUUGGUGUAGCCUUAGUGAUAAAUUACAAUUUUCUUCCAUAGAACUUGGGUUUCAGGAUGCAGUUCUUUCCUCCAUUGCUUUGUAAAGGUUGACAAAUCUGGAUAAAGUUGGAUUUUGCAGCUUGUAUGAAAUGUUUUUUAUGUUUAAAGAAGUUGAUCAUGGCAAUGGCAUUCUUCUUCUGGUGUAGUGCCCUCCAGGUAGCUCAUGGAUUCUGUCUUUUAUGAAUUCUUGACCAUAUCCACAAUGUUUUCAGGGACACAUAUCAAAUAUACAUAUUGAUGGCCGCACAUGUAGUAUGUAGAAUUCAGAAGGUGUAUAAGAUUCUGUUAUUAGGCAAUGAAUCCUGCAGAAUAUGCAUUAUACAUACCGCAGGGCAACCCUUUUAAUGCACUUUCAUAAAUAUAUCAAAAUUAUAUGUGUCCUUGAAAACAUGGUGGAUUUUGUUCACCCUGCUUCUACUUUUAAACCCAGAUAACAGGAGUUAUACAAAUUCAUUAUAAAAAUCCCUCUGAUUCCUAGAGCAGGAAAGAGCCCAAUAUCCUCUUGUUCUGAUAUUGUUUCAACAUGCUAUAUCUUCUAGAUCUGCAAGCUUCUGUUCUAGUAACAUCUCCACCUCUGUGAGUGCUUCAUGUUUAUCCACUAGGUAGUUCUGAGAGUCUGCUAUUCUAUAUAUUUUGUUUCCUAGCUUAUCUGUAAAUUCAGGUUGUCUGUAGAUUGGGCCAAUUCUGAAGAAAGCUGUGUAACAUGUGACUCAAAUCUUUCUGGAGAUAUCUUCACAUAGCUAUGAUUUUGAAGCCUAUGGCUUCUGAAACUGAAAAGGCCAUGGUAUUCUGACCACAAUGGUGUAGAAGCCUAAAUCUCAUUAUUGGUAGGCUGAAACUUAUUCUGAUCUGGAAGCAGGUUUCACGUGGCCUGAGUUUGCUUGGUCUUUAUACUUGUCAUUAUGCUGAUCUUUAAACUGUGUUGGAGCCACUUUUCAGCAAGGCUAGACAAAGUUAAGUACUCAAGUGUUCAUCUUGGUCAAGAGCGAAACCUUACCCAUGAAACCGUUUAGUCUCGAGGUAGAUUUCAGUAACCUAAAAAAGGAUAAUUUUGCUAUUGGAAGUAACAAUAAUGGUUCCUUACUGCCCAAAGGUAUUGAAUUGCCAAAGACUAAAAGAGGAUUCUUUAAAAAAAAUCAUGAUAUGGGUAUUAAAAUGAUGAUAAUAAAAAUCAUGAUAAUGGUAUUAAGCAAAGGCUCUAACACCAGUCAAUGGAUAAAUCUGUGAGUAUGAAUAUCUUUUUUUUUUAACUGUGGUGCAAAAAAAAAAACCAAUGAUAGAUAUCACCUUUCUCUUUGUCAGAUCCUAAUGACAGGAGACAGUGGGAAGUUCAACUCAAUGAACUCUGAAGCCUCUUUUCAGACUUAGCAGAUAAGAAACUAUGACGACAAGCAUUGUUCUUAUCACUCAUUAUGAGCUAACAUAAGCAAACAGAGAUCACAUGGCUCAAUGCGAAUGUACACAUAUUCGUGAAAAGAGACGGUUAUGAUGAUUUAUAGGACUUCUGCUGCUGUUAUAGACAUCAGUCAAGACCUAUGGAUUAUGAAGAAUGGAUCUGAUCCAAUUUUAGAUGUUCUCAUACAUCCAAUCAGCCAAUGGGACCUAUAUAAUAUUACGUUUGUGUUCUAGUUAUUUGGAUAUUUUUAAUUCUAAUGACAUCCAGUGCAAAAAAUGAAACUAGAGUUUAUGUAUAAUUUAUUAACAGUCAAUGUUUUACACACGCUAGCAUGAGUUGACACAUACAGAGAUACCUAUACUACUCUCAGUUUAAACAGAACAGUUAAUAUAGUUUAUAAAUUAAUUAAAUGAAAGUCUUAAUGAAAAAAAAGUUAAUUUGUAACGGCGCCUUCAUAUUUGAGGUUCCAUGUCAUUGGACGUGAUGUGUGAUAAAAUAGCUGGGGUUUAGUUAGAAUUCUUGGCAAAUCUAACUCUUGGCUGAACCCGGUGAUAUAUUUGUUUGCCUACUGUCCAUUCAUUGUCAGUUUUUACUGUGGCAUAUAACUCUCAUCCCACAAGAAAGAUCAUGGUGAAAAAAGGAAACCAAAAGAGUGAAAAACAGCAGUAAAAAUAUAUAUUUAUUUAAUAAAUAUAUAACAUACAAAUGAAGAUUUUUUAUUUUAUUUAAAUUACUGCUCCAUUUCAGGUAACUGUUCACUUGAUCUGUGAAUAAAACCAACAUAUAGUGACUGUCUCCUAACCGUCAAUCAUAUUUUGUCCCAUCAGUCGUUUCUUUUUUUUUUGGCUCUACAGGCUGAAUUCUGGAUCACAAGUCAAAUGAACAGGCUCGUCCAUUGCACAAUCAUUUGGUUUGUGAUUCGGCUAGAUUUCAGCUCAAUCGGAUGAACUGCAUUUUGGAAUGAAAAAAAAAUUCUUAGUCUACCAGAAGACACACUGGGUGACCAGUGUCAGAGCGCACAGUAGUACUACUUGAAAUUGCCUUGGUGCUAAAACCACUCACUAGAACCCGCAUCAAAGGAAAGGAAGUUACAAACAAGUAAAAAAUAAAUUGAACUAUGAAAGACACAGCUAUCAAAGCCUAAAACUCUCAAUACUGAUUGUAACCUUGCUGAACAACAGUUGUUUAACCCUUUUAGUGUAGCAGAAUGGCAAAAUACAGCUAUCAUCUGCAACACUACAAAAAAACACAAACAGUCGGAUGCAUCAAAAUACAAUAGUAAUGAAAUACCUACAGUGGGUUCCAUGUAAAAAAGAAAAUGAGUAGGGGGUGCCCAAGGAUUCCUGAAACCAUAAGAUCCUAGACAAAUCGUCAUUCACAAAAAUUAGGACUUCUAAUUAUGAAAGGGGGCUCUAUCCCCAUUUAGGCAAUUUGGGUAGGUUUGGGGGAGGGUAAUUGGCCAGAUCCUCUCCAGUUUUUGAACCUCUGUACGUGUUUGAGGAUUCAUAGUGUGAGCUGUUUUUAAUCUUUUUUUUUUAACUUUUAUUUUGAUGUGGAUUAGGAAAUUUCUCUUUUUCUUUUUGCGAAUAAAUUGCAUUUGAAUUUGGAACCAAAUUGUGUCCAAUCUUCAUUCUGCAGACUUCUAUAUACAUUGUUUUACUGCAUCAUAGGAUAUACAGAUUUUGCCCAAAGAAGUUGGGGACCCUUUGGAAAUUGUGAUGUACAUUAGGCAUUGGCUAGCCAUAAAAUGACGUUUCCCUUCCACCGCCUUUUGGACAGCAGAGGUUUGGAAGAAUUGGACAUCUGAAUGAACAAAUGUGACUAACCCUGUAGCAACUGUAUUCCUUAUGAUUAUGAUGUCCUGUGUAGUGUUACAAUGCUAUCUAGAAUUCUACUAUACACCAGAUGCUUUUUAUUUUGUUUUUUCCUGAUAAUACAUGUGUGUUUGGGCUUCUGUGGUUCAGUAAAAAUGAAUAACAAUUAAUCCCAAUUUAGUAAAAACUAAAAGUAAUGCAGCAAUAUUUUUUUUAUUGAAAAGCUAUCAGAUAAACAUACAAAGCAAGCAAGUGGCCUCCUGAAAAUGUGAUCUUAUAAAUUAAAUUCCUCAUUUUUUUUUUCUAUUUUCAAUAAGCUUUAAUGUAAGUUUUAGAUAAGCCAAUGUUAUACAAUGGGCGAAGGGAUACAGUGUUACACUGGGAGAGAAAUAUUUCUCUCAAAUAUAGCUACGUUUGCCUAUUGCAUAUCUUUUUAGAUAUUGCAUAUCUAGCAUAUUAACAGCAUACUUAUUCAACGGUAGAGUAUUUUUUUUGUUGUUUGUGAAUUUUUUAUUUGUGGUGUAAUUAAUUGUAGAGCCAAAAGCUAGACCUCCUAACGGAUAGAACAUAUCCUGUUUUUAUUGUUACUAUAACUGGAUUCCAGGAUUAUCAGUUUGGUUUUAUUGGGAUAUGCCAUGUCAAGAUCACUUGCAGAGUCCAUGCCAACAUGUGAUACCACCAACAACAAUGACAAAUAUGUGGUUUUACCCAGUUCAACGCAAGUGAGCUGAAUGACUUCUGUGAAACUACAAGAGUCCUUAAUAUUGGCCUGAGACGAUUAGGCUGUCAUUUGAACAUUCUAGUACUGCAUGUUGAAAGAGGCAACUACAUAAUCAGGGUCAUUGUCGAUUCCUAAAUAAAUCAAAACUAUCCUAAGGCCCAUACAUAAUAAGUGAUUGAGGUAAUUUGAGGACCAUGAAAGAAUCCUGUAUUAUAUGCAUUCAGUGGCGGGACUAACGUACCCUUGUGCAAGAAAUGUUUUGUGCCCCUCUCUUGUGCAAAGUUGGCUGAAAGGUAGAUCCUCAACUGUUGUACAACUUCCACAAUGCUUUAACUGGGAAGCUACCAUUUUUCCAUCCUUGUAGGGUUGUAUUUGUGAGCAGUGUUUAUGUGUUUGAGUGUAAGCAUGCUUUUGUAGGGAUUAUGUGUAUAUGAAUAUAGGGGUGUAUUUGUGUUUUGUGUUAUUCUUUAAAUGCAGUUGUGUGUUUGUAUGUACUGUUUCUGUUUAAUAAUUGUAGUGGUGUAUUGUUUGUAGUGUUAAAUGUGGGGCUGUGUUUGUACGUAGUGUUGGUGUUUGAAUACAGGGAUAUGUUUGUUUGUAGUGCUGGCCGUUUAUUGCAGAUGUCUGUUUGUAUGUAGUGUUUGCAUACAAGGGUGUUUUUGUGUAUAGUUUUUUAAUUUGAUGUUGGGAUGUAUACACAUAUAUACAUGCUGAUACAGAUACACACUGACACACAGGUUCACAUACACACUGGCAACACACACAGAUGCACACAAACAUUUACACACAUCUAACAUAUUGACACAUACAGAAACACAUACAUACACAUAUCUACACACACACUGACAAACACACAGAUACAAACACUGACACACACACAAAUCAUAAUUUACAAUUUUUUAGCCACACUGCAAGAGGUGCAAGAGGGUGGAUUACCUUUGGUCCAUGGGGACCUGGCUGCAGUAGGCUCUGUCUGAGGAUGAUUGUAGUAUGUGGCUCACACAGGUUCUCUCCCACCCACCACCCCCCACCCCUCCUCUACUCUGAGCACCAGAGCUAAGCAGCAUAUCUGACAGGGUCCCUGUUCAGAGAUGCCCUCUGAAUGGCCAUAAGUGCAUGGGCCACUUGACGGGGCCCCACAGCUUACAAGCUCCUGGUGCAGCCCGGUAAUAUAGCCCAGUUGCACUUGCAACUCUUACCAAACUGGAUGUUCCAACACUCUACGUAUAUUACCGGUACUUUUUUUUAGCACUUCAGAAUCAAUUAGCGGGGUAUAUUUUCAGGAAUUUUGUUGGUCUACUUUAGAAUCCAUCUUAAAUGCAAACUUUAACUUCAGUAAUUGUAGUAGCAAUUGAAAGAAACACAGUAGACCAAUGACAUUUUUGUUAUUCUGCUCCCUUUAAUUACUUAAAUGAAAAAUGUUGGUUAGUUACUUUAUUUUUGACAUGCUAAUGUAUGUAGGUCAACUUUGUUUUUGUGUCAUUUCACAGAAAUUCUUUGCUGUUCGUCAGUUCACCUCAAUGGCCGUGAUAUAUUUAAUGGAGAAGGAUUCGGGCAUAUUUGCUUACUCUGUACACUCCACAUCGGUGUCAAAUAGUGGCAACAAAGACAAGUAAGAUAUCACAAAAACUAAUAUUAUUUAAAGUGUUUCAUUUACUGGUCAUGCAUCAGUUGCUAGGAAGGAUACAAUUUUGUCAGCACUUAAAAAGAAUUGUAUAGUGCUUGAGAAUGUCCUCAUAAUGGUAGAAAAAAUACAAUACAGACAGCUGAAAAGUCUUGAUGAACUGAGAUUUUGAGUAAUUUAGACAAAUGGAUUCGUCUACACAGUGAAGUGAAGAUGGUCAAAUUACUUUGCGAGUCAACAUAUCCAGUAACAACUGCUAGUAAAAAUAAAGCUCAGAUUCACAAAAAAUCUAGCUGUGAUAAGUUGAAAACUGACUUGUAUUUAAACAAUUUUGACUUUCACUGUCCAUAUACCGCAUGGCACCUCCGUUAUAUUGACCUUGAAUAUAAGCUGGCUUAAUGCAAGUCACACUCAUCCUCUGUUUAAGGAAUCAAUUUAAAGUCCAGAUACUGAUCUAACUGUAAUGUAGGGGCGAAUGUUAUCUCACAUUCUAAAAUCAUAACUACUGAAACUGGAGUUGGUCCCUGUAUUUUCAGUGAAACUAAUCAAUAUAUAAUCUCUUCAAAGUAUGUUUGACCUUUUAAAGACUAAAUAUUAUGCUAUGUUGUCAUCACAAUGUCAUGCCUUUGUACUCUGUGUCAAAAUGGAAUGUUUCACUUCAAAUUUCAUUGGGCUGGGAUACACCCCCUCUCCCCCCAUUUACCCCUAUACUGGGCAGUUGUGGAAUUUGUCCCAAAUGUUGGGUUCUUUUGACUUAUGACCUCUUUUCAGUGUUCAGUGUUAUUUCAGGAACAUGAUAAUACUGGACUAACUGCUGAUCUUCAUAUUUUCUCCAUGAAAAUAUGUGUUGAGGUAUUGGUACUCCAUGUAGCCGUGGUGAGGUUUAUACACCAUUUCUAUUUACAGCACCGGUGAACAUUACACAUAGAGUGUGUCUCAACCUGGGUGUUGGAUGCCUGGUAUGCUGUGUAAAAUAGUGGGUUGUCAAUGCUGUUUGUAAUGCUUCAAGAAACACCUGGGGAAACACUCAACAAUCCCUACUUUAACAGAUAUGUUACCUCCAGCUGACAGUUACAAAUCUUUUUGUAUCAGGUGGCUGCUGUGAGCUAAAUAAAUUAUAAGAAAUAAUAUAUAAUUAAAAGAAACUCUAUUAUGCUCCUAACAGACCUACUACCUGUAUAGAUCCAGGGCUGAAGAGUACCACAUCUGAGGAUUUAGCUUGAGCCCUACCGUAGCAAUUCCUACACCUGUUAUUAUUUUUUAUUUUAUUUAUAAAACAUGCGUCUUUGCAACAGGAAAAAAACGACAGAACAAAACACAAGUAAAAAAUAAAGUUAGGCAAACAGUUCCAUGUACUUGGGCUGAUCUUGUAUCCUAUUUUUUUUUUUUUUUGUAUUAUUUGUGCCAAGCCCUUAUCAGUUUACAAAGGAAUCAUAAGAAUUCCAGGAGGACAACUUGGACUGGUUCAGUUGUUAAAGCAGCACAUGUAAUGCAAUAUGCUGAAAUGGUAAUGUCCAGCAAUACCUUGCAGUGGGAACUGUAAUGUUUUGCAGAAAACUAAAUCAUCUUUUAUUAUUAUUGUUAUUGGCAUUUAUAUAAUGCCAACUUAUUUGCAGAGCUUUACAAUAUGAUAAAGGGGUAAAUUUGGCAAUAAAUGAUACAAUUGCUAAAUGUUGCAGGAACAAUAGUUCAAAAGAGCAUUGAAUCUAGAGAAUCUCUGUAUGUUAGUGACAUUUUCUUCAGUGUAGCUUCCUGGUCCCUUUUUAAUGCUCUAUGACACAUUCUUCGGAAGAUAUGGGUUUAUAAGUUCUAUGAGUGUUGCUAUGACAGUGACAGAAAUUAUGUGCUGUCAUUGUCCUCCUCUUCCACCCUACUCCACAUACUCUCGGCACACAUCGCUUGUCUGUUCUUCGUGUUUGUUCUUCUACUCUGAGUCACGCAAACAUAAACCAGUUAUGAGCAAACAGGUGUUUCUGUAUUUUUAAGAUUUUUCUUUGUGUUGUACAGUGGGUGGUGUAUAUUUCGAAGUUGGGAGUUGUUAGGGGAAAAGUAACAAUACAGAAGUUACAAAAAUUCCACCUGUAGGAGUCUUCUAACGCAUAUUUUACAACAUAAACAGUUUCCUUUUAUUUUAUUUCCCUUUAAGAACAUGAUGGCCAAAUUAGAGAAUGAAAAAAUUAAAAAGAUUCCUAAAGCUGUUUUAAAAUAACCUACCUUCUUAUAACUCACAACUAUUCUCUAAAAGGACUAUUGAUGAUUGUAUCUGUUUUUAUUUUAUCCUUGUUUUUGACUUUGCUAGCAUGAAAUGAUAGUGAGAUUGUAUUUUGACACAUUAUACAUUUUUUGUUGCAAUGCAUUAACUUGGCUCUGCCCAAGUUAAAAUGAGGCUCUCUGUGCCUAGAGUGGUAUCAGCUACACCUCACUGAUGAGGCCUGUAGAAGGCCUAAACAAUUGUCUGGUUAUUGCUGUAUCUCUCGUGCAGGGAGAACCUUUGGUUCUCGUCUGCUCCUAUGGUUGGGAUCAGUGUGAUAUGCAUUGGAGCUUUUCUUUCUGUAAUGGCACAGGUUAUCAAAAACGAUUUUAGAUCUGAGCAGAGAUUUAUCAAAGGGCAAACUACGGAGUUCCUCUAAGCUUUUGUCCGUUCUCAAAGUUCUCAUAUUCUUUGUUUUUAUUUAUACAUUCGAAUACAAAUAUUACUGUGGGUAUUUGUCCACUUAAGGGGAUAUUCUAAGUACAAUAACAUCCUUUGCUCACUGCAUAGAUUAUGGAUUAUGGGAUAAGGAGAUAUUUUAUCACUGUAUCUCUAAGUUUCUUCUAACUGUAGCGAUUUCCAAAACUCACUAAGACUGUCCCUUCAGGGAUUUAACUUUUUUCUCUCGCUCUUGCCAUUCAAAAAUUCCCACCAUGCACAAACGCACACUGAACUGGCACAUGCCAUGCUCGUCCUUACUUCUCCUCUCUGACUUUGCUAUUCUUAAAUAAACCUAUAAUUGUUAUUUAUUAUUGUCCAUUACAAAACUGAUAAAAUUGUAAAUGAAAAAACAAUAGCUAAAAUAGCCAAGCUGUGACAAUAAAUGUACUAUCAAAGUAUAAACACUGUGCAGUAAUAAUGCAUCAUUUAAUAUUCUGCUAAUAAUUUGAUAUAAAGACAAAAAGACAAAAUGUACACCCCAAAGAAGAAAAUACUAGUCAUUAAUUUCAAUAAAUAAAAUUGUCUGUCUCUCUGUCUAUUUCCCUGUGUAAUAAAAUAUAGUAUAUACAGGCUGUAAAUGACACUAUAUUUACUAUCGCUAGACAGUAAACUCAUUUGAGCAGGGUCCUCAUCAAACUAUUGUUCCUGCAGCAUUUUGGAUUUGUCUUGAUUAUUUUUAAAUUCACCCCUUUUAUAAUAUUGUAAAGUGCUGCAGAAUUAUCUGGCCCUAUAUAAAUGCCAAAAAUAAUAAACUAAUAAUAAUAAUACAGAAAGUCGUCCUAUCAUCUAAAAGUCUAAACAUAAAAAAAAAAAAAUUUAAAUAAAAAGAACACAAAGGGAUAUUGUUCAACUUCAACCUUGCAGAAGGAAAAGUUCCAGUGCGUUAAACAGCCUGUAAAAGGACGGAUGAAUCCCAUUUCUCUCAUGCCGUUUCCAAGCACAGCAGACCAGAGAUACUGUAACGAUCUUAAAAUUGGCUGAUAAAAGUCUCAUGGCCACAUGCCUGAACUAGUAGGAAGAAGGUGACAGGUAUGUUUUAUUAAUAAUGCAGGCAACUAACAGAAACAGAAAGUGUUCAGAAAUAGCUCAGUGAAGCAAAUGCUCCACAAAAGAUGUGAAGUUGCUUUCACCCUGAAUUUUGCUGUUGUUCAGCUCCUAUUUCUGUCUGCAAAAUAUUAAGUAAUUUUAGAUUAUUAUUAUUUUAUUUAUUUUUUUCUGUUGUAGUUUUUUGUUUAGUGUCAAUUGCAAUGUUUAAUGAAACAUCAGGCGGAAUAACAAAGAGUUAUUUAAAAUGGUUCUAAAGAGAUGUUCCUGAAAAACGACAUCAAAAUCUUACAGAGCUUUUCACUAAAGUCUGCAUUGUCAAGAACUCAAAGUAAAUUCAAAGUAUAAUUCACAUUUCAGGCCAAAAUACCCAAUAUGGAAAAAACAAUCUCCAAGGCACCUAUUUAUUUAAUUUGGCUGUUUACAUGGAAUUCACAUUUAAUUUCUGACAAUUCCCACUUUAUUGGAUAUCCUUGUUUGUUGUGCUACAUGCAGUACUAAACUCAAAUUCCUCCGGCUCUAGAUCCAUCACAUUUAAUUUGGCUGUUUACAUGGAAUUCACAUUUAAUUUCUGACAAUUCCCACUUUAUUGGAUAUCCUUGUUUGUUGUGCUACAUGCAGUACUAAACUCAAAUUCCUCCGGCUCUAGAUCCAUCACAUUUAAUUUGGCCCACAUUUAAUUUCUGACAAUUCCCACUUUAUUGAAUAUCCUUGUUUGUUGUGCUACCUGCAGUACUAAACUCACAUUCCUCCAGCACUAAAUCCAUCGCAUAUUCCUUUUCUAAUUCAAACACUCUUUUCAGAAAUUCCGCACAUUUAAUUGCAGAUCCAGAAUCCUUCCCAAAGUUUUAGCUCUAAGUAAAAAAAACUUCUUAGGAAACUAACACACUAGAGUUUGUCUGAGCGCUUGGUAGGGGAGAGGGUGUAAACAGAUAUUUGAAACAGAAGUUGAUGUUAAUUAAAAAUAAUUAGUACAGCACUAUAGGUGAUCACAGGGCACCCCUGUAAUUUGAAGGUCCAGUGUUGAAUGGGUACUGAUAGAACCUUAUUGAUUACAGGGAACAUGGUUGUGCAGGGUCACUAUCCAUAUGAAUCAUGUCUGGUAUAUCUACCCCCAGAGAGUGUACUAGUGAAAUAAUAACAGGCAGGUUCACAUGAAAGUCCUCCUGGUAUGUUUGUUGAAGGGCUCUUGCGUAGACUCAAAGUUCUGAGUUUAGUUUGUCCAGUGUGUCUAGUUGUGUACUUGUGCUGCUCUAUUGGAGACCUGUAUGUGGGGUAACUCUACGGGGGACACCAAAGUACAAGUGAUGUAAGUGGACACUAUCUUACUAAAUACAGGAUUGUUGGUAGUUAAGCAAAAACUACCGGUCAAAAGUUAGAGAAAUCCAGUUCUUUAACAUUUUUGAAUUUGUAGCUAUACACAUGCUGGAGGUAAUUUAACUACUUUUGACAAAUAUGUACAUGGACAUUCUUAACAGUGUACUUUACAUAAGAAAAGGUUGACUUUACACAACUACAUAGAGUAGGCGAUAUUGGGUGAAAAAAUAACAUUUAAGAAAAAAUGGGAGGAACAAAUAGGACACACUUUUACAAAUGCCCAAUGGGAAAAGGUUUUUAUCUUACAACAUAAAUAUCUUCAUUUCUAAAAUCUAAAUUUCAGGAAAUGAAUUACAAACUUCUUUCAAUGUGGUAUUUUACUUCCAAAUUACUUAAUAGGAUAUUCCCAAAUAUACCAUCUACAUGCUGCAGAUGUCAGAAAGGAGAGGGUACUGUGAUGCAUAUUUGGUGUAACUGUCCAAAAAUAAUUUCGGUUUGAAUUAUGGUAAAAAACACAAUUUCUGAUAUUUUGGGUUAAGUCCCACCUUUUAAUGCAGACUUAGUACUUCUACAAAUGACAUCAAUGCCAAUAUCUAUCUAUAAAAAAAAAACUAUUUUAAGACACUUCCUCAAUGCCGCUAAAACUCUAAUACCUGCCCUCUGGAAACAAACGUGUAAACCAACUAAGGAACAAGGGCUUGAUAAUGUAUUGGGGGAAAAGAAAAGGUUACGUUUAAAUACAUAGAAUGUUUUGUAGUGUCUUUGACUCUCAUAGAUUUUAAAUGUUCAUAUUUUACAAGGAGUUUCCCAACCGGUUGUCUUCCUGUUUGUCUUUAUUGAAGAGACAUUUGGUUACAAAUUAUGUCUGGUUACAAAUUUCAAGGUGGUCACAACUUGAAAAGACCUCUUUCCUUUUCCCUGAAGCUCUGCUGACAGAUUUCUUCAUACCAUCCCGAUCACAAAAAUGCGAAUAAACUGAUAGCAGUGGCAGUGUGGCUUCCAUUAGCUUAGCGAACAGUGCCACCCACCCUGUAUGAUAAAUUGAACUGUGUGUGGAUAACUAUACCCAGGUGUUCACAGAAAAUAAAAUAAAAAAGACCAAAAUGUGUGGGGCCACUUCCAAGAGUGAAGGAGCCACCUGAAGCAAUACAAACUUUGAAGGUGAGUAUCUUUUUGUUUUAAUGGACUGCGAUCAGGGUGGCGGAGCCAGGCAAUUGAACAGAACGGUCGCAUAUCCCUCGAGCUCCGAUCACACGGCCUCAAAUGAUUAGAAAUCAAGCAUUUGCCCCCAAAAUAUCAGUCCCCUCUGGAUCCCCAACCAGCACUAACAGCCAUGGGACUGCGAUCGGGGUGGCGGAGCCAGGCAAUUGAACAGAACGGUCGCAUAUCCCUCGAGCUCUGAUCACACGGCCUCAAAUUAUUAGAAAUCAAGCAUUUGCCCCCAAAAUAUCAGUCCCCUCUGGAUCCCCAACCAUCACUAACAGCCAUGGGUCGAAAGACCAAAAAGCAAGAAUUUCACCUACCUGCACCAUGGGCACAGAUAUCGCCCCCAGCGCCUACUGAGCCUAAAUCGGAUGCGGCGUCAGACACCACAGGAACUACCACUGCAGGUCUAAAGCACUAGACUGUUCACUCUACACCCACCAUUACCUAGUUCGAGCUGAAGUCUCACCGUACGUAGUUCUAUACUCCCUGAAAGUAGAUACCAUAUUAUUUCAGUUUAAAAUCAUUUGCUCAGCUACCAUGUACACACCUGUAUCCUGUGCCUCACCACUAGACCGCUCAUCUGUAUGGCCACCACCAUGAAAGGGAUAGGGCAGGGGAUGCGGGCAUAGAGUUUGGGUCACAUGGACCCCCCGGGUGCUCUCCAUGCAAACUACCCCGCCAACAGAGGGUCACUAUUUACACAUCAAGUGCAGCGCUCUCACGAGAUAGGGGAUAACUGGCCUUAUAUUGAUGAUCCGAUGCACGGGCUCCCAGACCCCAGAAACCAUACCGCCCUCCCCCACACCUUAGACACACCACUACACAGUUGACCCCCAACCAACGGCUCAUGCAGGGCCUCUCCCCCAACUCCUCAGGUCCUAGGACGCACACAUAGUUUUCGGGACUUACACCAGGACCAGAAUCUACACCUCCACCACUGGCAGGUCAGAGAACACACAGCCAAAUCGCUGAUUGAGUAACCACACGCAGCUUCUCCAUUGAAUCCCAUUACCAUACACGCCAGGCACACAGCUAUUGUUUAACCAUGAUAUGUUACAAAAAUUGUGCAACUGUUCAUAGAAAUACCCUGUUUUGUUUUUGUCUAUUGCUAUUUCCUUUUUCUCUCAAAGUACUGACUUACUCUCCAUACUGUUUAUAUAUGAUGAGAAAAGUGCUGAAUUAUCUUAUGUUUAAAAAAAAAGAGACCGCAACAAUUUCUCUUUAACAAAAUGUCACUGAACCACCUCAUGUAAUCAGUAGUGAUGUACCGAACGGUUCGCGAACGGUUCGCCACGAACGAUUCGCCACGGACUCAUCAUUGAGUAAACUUUGACCCUGUACCUCACAGUCAGCAGACACAUUCCAGCCAAUCAGCAUCAGACCCUCCCUCCCAGACUCUCCCACCUCUUGGACAGCUCACUAAGAAUGCAGCUUCAAAAUGGAUGCUGUCCAGAAGGUGGGAGGGUCUGGGAGGGAGGGUCUGCUGCUGAUUGGCUGGAAUGUGUCUGCUGACUGAGGUACAGGGUCAAAGUUUACUCAAUGAUGAGUCCGUGGCGAACCGUUCGUGGCGAACCGUUCGCGAACCAUUCGGGACAUCACUAGUAAUCAGUUAUAUGUCUUACCUCCAACAUGUAUCUCACAAUGCGCUUCAAAAAUAAAGAAUUAAAAAAACAAAAAAAGCACUGCUAUCAACAAAUUCUAACUUCACAUUUUUUUAAAGUAUAUUACAUAUAAUGAAACAAUGAUUUUUUUAAACUAUGUAUAUUGAUUUUUAUAUCUGUCUGAGCACCCAUGUUGGGUCAGUUUAUACUAUUCUUUGCACAAUAUCUGCCCAACCGAACUUGCCUUCUGCUGCAGGAUCAAACUGCGCAAUCACAGAAGUAGGCAGUUUAGGCUGAGCAGCAGUUUGUCGGAUAAUAGUAUAAACUGACCCAAAAUGGCUGCUCAGCCAGAUACAAAAAAAAAAUGUUUAAUUUGCUCAAAAAAAUCAAUAUACAUAAUUUUUUUCAAAAAGUGUCAUAACUAAAAUAAAAUGUUAAAAACAAGAAGUAAAAAUUAUAUGACAGAAAUCCUCUAAUCUAUUAAAAAAUUUAUUUUUGUACAUUUUAAUGUACAAUCUGUAUCCUGCAGUAAAGGGAGAGGUCCAUUCUAUCCCAUGGUAUUUGUUUAAUUAAUACUGUUGUCUCUGCAGCGCUAGAUGGUAUACAGUCCUCUCCAUGAAAACAUUGUAUACAUUGCACUGAAUUUUUGAUAAAUGACAUAAUGCAAGGCAUAGGAAAGGACUUUCCAUAAAUUUUAGAUAAUGAGAAUGGCGUUCAAAUAUCUAAUCUCUCUCAGUAUGCAGUUUUGUUGCCAAUGUCUGGCUUUGUCUUCAAAAGCAUUUUUAACAACUUCACCCCACUAUCUUCACCAACCCAGCAUAGACUGCCUGGACUACGAAACUAAAACAGAGUAUAAAAAAGGAUACAGCCAGCUGGCUAAACAUUAACAGCAAACAAUGUCAAAAUACUAGACAGAAAAAGAAUUGUUCCGCACAAAACGACAAUAAAGCAAUUUUCAACUCUCGUAAAUAAAAGAAGGAAGAGAUAUUAUUGAAUAGCACAAAUAAAGGAAUAUUGAUUAUGCAUUAACACAAUGAAAAGCUGUUAUUCCAAUCAGUAGUUUCCAUUGUACCUCCUUAUGAUGGGCUGUUGGCACGCUACAGUAUAGAUGACGUUGACCAACUUGUCAUUUGUAAAGGAUGCAGUUUGUCUGUGUUCCAUGUGACAAAACAAAAGUUCUGUGACAAACAAAAGAAAGGUUUUUUUAAUGAAUUCUUUUACCCACCUGUACAGAAAGAUAUUAGCCAAUGUCUAUAUCCUCUCUUAUACAAAGUAGGCAUUCUAAAGCUUAAUGAAACACUAUAGGCACCAAGACCACUUCAGCUCAUUGGAGUCCACUGGCUACAUGUAUAUAAGACAAGGAUUGUGCAGUUUGUUGGGCCCCCUAUUCACUACACAGCAGCUGGCAAACGCUAUUUGCCCCCUCCGGCAGAUCCUCUCCAACUCUCACGGACCUGUCUGUCAGAGUUUUUAUGCGGGUUACCAGGGCAACCCUACGGCCAGAGACUGAAGAUAGCAUUUGCUGGGUCCCCUCGUCACUAAAACACACAUUGUAUCCACUGUAUACACAUUGAAUCUACUAUACACACUCCGCAUCCACUACACGCACAUUGCAUCCACUAUACACACUCUGCAUCCACUACACACACAUUGCAUCCACUGUAUACACAUUGAAUCUACUAUACACACUCUGCAUCCACUACACACAAUCUACAUCCACUCUGCACACACUGCAUCCUUGUGGGUGGACACGGGAGCCCCAGGGAUCCAGACCUGAUUUGUAAUUGGCCCCAAAAUCUCUGAUGGUAGCCCUGCUAAAGAUCUAAAUAAAAUGAUUCUUCUGAUCAAAGUUUUUAAAUAAAUGCAUACACACCUUAACCAUAACUUGAUUAAACUAAUCAUCAAGGCUGUUGUUUUGGAAUGUCUACUUCCAUAAUAAAUAAGUUAUUACUGAAAAACAUUGAAAUGUUAGGCAUAAUGUGUAAUGUUGGUGUAUUUGAUUGGAAAUCUAUUAACUCCUCAAUUUCAUAUCAUUAUAUCUCAGCUAAUCUUCUGUCCUUGAAAACAGUGGAACUUCUGGUUCUUGAAUUAUGAAGAUAUUAAAUAUACUUGUGUGUUAAUGUAUUCUGCAACGUGUAACUUCAUGUUUUCAGGUGCUUGCAUACCUUCUAUCAUUUCUUUGGGGAGAAUCAGGAUGGGUGAGCAGAGCAAUAAAGGGACAUUGCAAGUUUCACCACACAUGUCACUAGGGACGUGCGUAGAUGGUGGACACAUGCAAAAGGGGGGGCAACUACUGACAGUUACUUUGGCCAGCUGAGGAACAUGAAGGGAGUGCUGAAGCCACUGCACUGUGCAAGUAUGUCAAAUGAUGGCUUCUGUUCUGGAAUUAUUCAGGAAACCGAAGUGGGACUGCCAGACAGGAACCUGAAAUUACCAAAAGCACGACUGUUGGGAGAAGUGCGUCACCCUUUGCAUUAAUUCUAUAUCUUACUUUAAUGGUCUUCUGUGCACAGCGCUCUCUAAUUUCCCUUGUCGUCCUGCAUAAGUAGUCAGUAGUAUGUUGGGGUAUCACAGUGGUCAGAUCUGCUCUAAAACAGGGCAGAUCUCUGCUUUCUGCUCUAAAUUAUAAGUUAUGCCUUCCCUCUUAAAGUGAACUUGUCAUUAUAGAUAUAGAUCUGCAGUUACCUAACCAUCUGCCUUGGCAUAUGUUCAGCGUAUCUUUCCUUAACACUAUUAAAAUCUUAUAUUUUUUAGUUUAUUUCAAUAUUCCCAGUCUCCUGCUGAGAGUACCAAGCAUGUUUUCAGUGGAUGUUACACUUGCUGUAAGACACACCUGCAUAGCCCUGUUUGGGAAGCACCGAUUUGCUUCCUAUUACAAGUUAAUAGUUGCCAACACUUUAUGUUGGCCUUGUGUAAAUAAAACAUAGCUGUUCUCUCUCUCCAUUCUAAGAUUUCCUGCCCAACGCUGCUGCAAUAAAUCAUUCUGACUGCUUCUCUCCUCUCUUCGUGCAUUUGCUAGUGCUGCUCUCACACUGAGAUUGCCAUUCCUCCAUAAUUUCCCUUGCAGGCAUUGCAUUCCCUCAGUCUGAAUUCAAGCAAGAGAGAUGCCCAAAGUGCGGUUUCCCUUACAACAGACAUGCAGAGCAAAGUCUUCUUAACUCUGUGCUUCUCAGCACAAACAAAACUGACUGACAGGGGGCAAGGACUGUUAUUUAACCUCUGAUUUUAGAGAAAUUUAGACAUUUUCUAGUAAUUCUGCUAGCAUAAUGUGUAGAUGAACUUUGAAACUCUAUUAUUAAAGAUUAAGUUGCAUUUGUCAUGACAGGUGCCCUUUAAAUAGCCAGGAAAGCUAGGCAAGGUGGAAAAAGGCUCAGUAACAAGAAAACUUUGGAUGGAAAUGGUACUAGAUGGUGGAAUUGGAUGGAAAUUCUAUAAGUUUAAAGGGUUACACCAACCCCCAUGACUAUUACUGCUUUUAGAAGUGGUCAUAUUGGUAGGAAAUUGUAUGUGCAUAUUUUUUGCUUGAAAUGCUGCACAUAUAGAGAUAAAUUAACUUGCACCCCCAACACAUGUGACAUAGGCAGCCUGGAACAGCUUAAUAUCAAUUCUGUGUAAAAAUUACAUCUGUCAUCAGCAUGCGCAGUGUGAUGGUGACAAGUGUAAUCAUCUAAUCCCUUGCUUUCUCCUCUCUCCUACCAUGCGCUCCUUUCCACCUCCCUCAAUUGCUGUUCAUUGUGUAGUUUUUCUUUCUUUCUUUUUUUUAAAUACUCUCCCUUUUCCCCUCCCUUGCUCAGAGCAUAUGCUUGCACUCUGAACUGGUAAAAUGAUCUAAGACAAGUUUAUUAUUAUAGUGAUUUAUAAUGGGGGGACCUAUUUAGCAAUACCCACUAGGACAUUUUAAAGUAAUUCAACAUUCAAUCAGGAUGGGUUGGAGUAACUCUUUAAAGGAAACGAGAAACAUGAUGUGUGGUGAGAACAGAGCUCAAAAAUUCUCUGGGUUUAUAGGUUACUCUUUAAUAAAAAAUAAUGUUGGUUUGGAAGAGAGGGAGUAAAGUAGAGAUAAUAGAUAAAACGCAAAAAACGUCAGAGUUUAAAUAUCAUCUACUCAUGUACAAAUACAAUUUACUUUACUAGCAUUGUAUUGUUUUUCGUUUCCUUGGAACAUACAGAUAGUACAACAUCAUUAAUAUAAAAAAAAUGUUUUAACGACAUCUAAAACAUACUUUUCUUUGUCGUAUUAAGGAACUAACCCACAGCAGUUAUAGCCAAAGGAAACAAAGAAGGGUGUGUGUCUGUAGGAACAUCAAUAGUCCAUGCGUUUCAGUCAAGCAAUAUGUAAAUAGCUUCUAAAAAAAACUACAAAACUUGGCAUUGUAGUUUUGCUAAAGGCCCUUCUGCUGGCGAACUGUCCAUAUUGUGCCAUUUACAUUUGUGAUGUAAUGUGUACUCAAGGUGGAAUGUUUACUAUCAAGUUACAGCAGAGAACCUCAUAGACAAAGUAUUGUCUUCAAUCAUUAUUUUCUGAUAUGACUUCAAGCUUGGGUUUGUCCUCUACAUUCUCAAGGGUGCUCUGUAGACUUGGUAAAUAUUCAAAGAAAUAGAUAAAUACAGUGUUAAUGGGGAGAAGACAAUAGUGCAGAUACAUAUAUUACAUAUUUUUAGGUUUCCAAUAUCAUUAAAGAAGGUACAGGGCUGGUGCAAGAUGCAUUUUGCCACCCCUUCCCAACAAAAUGCAUCUUGAUGUGUGUCUCGUAACCCCUCUUUUGAAUUUCUUACGUACUUUAUUAUUAUUUAUAAAGUGACAAAAAAUAUGUAGUGCUGUACAAUAGGGCUUUCGUGGGGGGGGUAUAGAGGCAGUAUUGUGUGGUACAGGGGCUUUAGUGGGGGAGAGAUAUGGGCAGUAUUGGAAAAUUGAGGCAGUAUUGUGGGGGCAUAGGGGCUUUAGAGUGGAGGAAUAGGGGGAGUAUCGUGGGGGAAUUGGUGCUUAAUUGCAAUGGGGAGAAGAGUCAUAAUGUGGGGGAUUGAUUCUCUAGUGUGGGGGGAUAGGGGCAGUAUUGUGGGGGUAUUGGGGCAUUAGUGUGGUGGGUUAGGGCCAGUAUUGUGGUGCAUAGGGGCAGUAUGGUGGGGGAUUGAGGCAUUAGUGACGGGAUAGGAACAGUAUUGUGACUUUAGUCGGGUGAAUUGGGACUUUAGUGGUGAGUAGUAGCAGUAUUAUAGGGGGGGUAGGAACAGUAUUGUGGGAGAUAAACUUUAGGGUGGGGUAAUGGAACAGUAUUGUGGGGGUAAGGGCAGUAGUGUGGGGGGCAGGGGCAGUAUUGUGGCGGAGUGCGGUUUAGACACAAUCACGUAAUUCUGAGGGAGCUCCAAUCUAUAUCAGCAUUGCCUGUAUAGCUCCCAUGCACUCCCUGCAGUGGUGCCUGUGCUGGAGUGACGUUACAUUCUGGCUCCCAGGACCUCUACAGGGUACGCAAGGGAUCUGUACAGGCAAUGCUGAUAUAGAUCGGAAUUUCCUCACUCCGGGCAGCUGAGGUAAAGGCGCUCGGCCACAAUACAUGAAGUGACUGGCAGGAGAGGAAAUUUGAGCCCUAAGGCUGCCAACUGUGUCACCUUAUAGUAGCGCUGGCCCUUAGAAGGUAAUAUAUGUUAUAUAAACUAUACAGAGUUUACUAUAAAGAUAUACAAAUUAAAUAUACAGAUAAAAGCUGCAUAAAAAAAGAAUAUAUGGGCAUUCCAGAACAUGUGUUUCUCUGUAUAUUUUUUUUUUUUUAUAAAUUGUGGUUCAUGGUCAUAGAAAAUGUAAUUCUGGUAAAUAUACAUUUUUUUGUGGUUUGUUCUAUGUAGAAACCUUGUGGCAUAACCAUUAGAAAUGAUACACUCAUAUCGCAGUCAUUUUCACAGGUUUUCAUUAAUUGGCACGGAAUAAUAUAAUAAAAACAUUCAUUUUAAAGAGCAUUAAAAAACUUUUUUAAGGAAUCUGCUGUUAUGUUUGGGAAUGAAGAUUCACAAAAUGUCUAUACACCCUAUACACCCUACAAUCUAUCAUAUAUACAGUUACAUAGUUACAUAUGCUGAAGAGUCAUGCAUACAUCAAGUUCAACCUUUCUCACAUCUGUUUUUGCUCUGAUAAAACCACUACUACAGGUUGAGAAUUCCACAUCCUUAUUGUUCUUACUGUGAAAAAAAAAACUUUAAUUUUCCUUAAACUAAAUCUCCUUUCUUCCAGUCUAAAUGCGUGAUAUUGUGUCCGGUGUAUAGUCCUGUUUAUGAAUAGAUUUCCAGACAAUGGUUUGUAUUGGCCCCAAGUAUAUAUGUGUAGCACCAUUCUUCUAAACAGAUUUAAAUUUGUUACCCUUUCUUCAUAACUAAAUACAUAUCUUUUGUAAGUUUCGUUAUAAACUAUAUAUCACAUUGAAGAACAGGUUGAUGUACAUAUAGGGAAGGUGCUAAUUUACACUCAGCCUCUCACACAGAAAUUCAUUAUGUUGAUUAGCAGCACAUGAAAAUGCUGUCCUGUACUAUGUACAAUUUAUGUGCUUCAAGGUUUUUGACAUCGUUAUCACCUGAUUUACUACUUGCAUAAUUUGACUUUUACAUAUAGGAAAAUACUUUCCAUAUGUUGUCCAUUAAUUUGUAUAAGUGAUACGUGUCCUGGACUACUUGCCAAAGUGGUGGGUGUGCUAAAUUCAGGCCUCUUGUCAAAAUCUUAAAUAUUGGGAAGGAGUGCACUCAGCCCACUGCAAUCCCAGUCAGGGCCACUGGGGGAGCAGGGAGUUCAGAUAUAAUUUGCACCAUAUAAAGUGUGUUUGUGUAAUUGUAUUAACUGGUUAAUUCAGAGUCUAAAUAUCAAUUAGUAUUUCAUACAUUAGAUUUAUUUUGUUCGUUUUUCAAAAAAAAAAAUGUUUUCUUUAAAAGAACUAAAAGGUCAUGCAAGUACACCUGUCAUGCAAAUACAGCAUUAUGAUAUUUUGCAGAUACACCUUUAUCUAUACAUUGUUUUAAAAAUGUUACUAAGAAAUCUUUAUGGAAAAUGCCAUUUAGAGUUUUGCGGUGCAUUUUAGAAUUAUGUGCUGGUGGUGCAAUAUGUCAAUAGUAAUUAUCCCAUAAUGCUAAUGGCAACAUUCCAAAAUGCAUGGUGUGUUUCUCCUGCUUUGCCAUAUUCUAAUAGUAGUAGCACAGGUCCUCACUUUGCAAUAACUCAUUCUAUCCAGUUAUGUUCAUGAAGCUUUUUGCAUUUGACAGCAGACAUUUAAACAGACACUGUAGGUACUGUAACUGAAAGUGCCACCCGGAUGAACCACCACCUCCACCCCACCCCCUAGCUAUCCCACUGUGACAGGGACUCCAGACUCUAUAUCCAAUUAAAUUAAAUGGUUAUGGUGCCUACAGUACCCCUUUUACAAUGAACUGUCGCUUGCCAAGAAGUUUAAUAUUAUAUUACAUUUUUCCUCUAUAUUUAACAAAUGUGUGACACUUCAGUGGGUCAUUCAGGUCUCCAUAUUCUUUAAAAUAUUCUCUGAUAUUACUAAAACAGACAUUCCUAUUCCUAUUACACUUUAGCAAAUUGGUCCUUUGGGCAUCUUUCACUGACUGAGAAUAUCACCUGAUCCACACUAAUCCUAAUAAGGACAAAGCUGAUAUCGCUAAAAUGGAAUGGGAACGUAUGCGUUAAUCAUAUGGCAGAUGUACUGCCAGUUCCAAGAUAGGUUUCAAACCAUUUGAAAACAGUUUAACUUCUUACCAUGGAUGGCACCUGGGGAUAAUGGUACUGUAAACAUUACAACAGGUAGUAGUAGUAGUUAUGGUGCUUACAAUGUCCCUUUAAAGAAAUAAAGAAAGAAAUAGAUAACUACAGGAAUAAUAUAAGUGUGUGUUCCAUGGCAAUUCCUAAAUAAUUUACAAUUUUAAGAUUAGGCAAUUUUAAUAAUAACUUUCCUCUUUCCCUUUAAAUGAAGAUGUAAAUUGCUUGAAAGCUAGGAUUGCUUACAUUCCACUUUAACAAAAAUGUAUAUACACUGUGUAAUAUUUCAUAACAUUCUCCACAUGCUGUAACAAGUCUUAUAUUUCAGGAGCAGUGCGGUACAGUCUCGGCUUCCUACUGUUAAGCUUUAA